UUUUGGUCCGGCAAAUUCCAUACCAACAUUACUCAGAAACGUAGAGAGGAUUUUACCCUACUAGCGAUUUAGUGCAGUAAAGCAACGCAAAAGACAGAAAAGAGCAUACUCUUAUCGUAAGUCUAAACUUAAAUGAGACAUUAUUGUCCUACUAUGUUUCAGAUUUCAGAAAUGAAUUUCAUAUAAGAUAAUUUGUUUCAGUUCUUUGUGCUUAGUCAGACUAACUCUAGUUCUAGCCUAAGCCAAAAAUUAAAAGGGGAGGGGUGGGAUUUUUUACUUAUGCCAGUCAUGCUCAGAUGUCGGGAGGUGUGUGCCACUCUUUUAAGUAGUCUGCAGUUACAGUCUUCACCUGAUCAAAUCACAGAGAUAUAGACAUAGAACAACUCAACAAAUACAAUGAGUCGGUCACGUUUUGCUACGGCUACGGCUACAGUUUUCGUCAAUUAAUGAAUUAAUAAGGGGCUUUUUCAAGCUUGUACUUGUAUGAUGUAUAGUACAAAAUACAAUGCAGUUUGAGUUUGAUAUAUAUUAUAUAUAAAUGACAUAACACCAAUGACAGUUCUUCGUGGUCUAGUCCAGUGUUCGGAAAUUCGCGGCUCCUAAUAACCUGAGUGCGGCUCUGCCAGUCGGCCACAGUUUGGUUUUGACUCCAAAAAAUACGGUGCUCGACAGGACAGGUUCUUGAAAAGAGAUUUGGCUCUCAAAUUUGUUUAAAAUCGUCCUGCUGCUGAUUUUGGCUCUUUUGAUUCAUACGUUUUCCAACCACUGACACUGACUGGUCUAGUCUAACAAUAACAGUUACUGCAUGGUUAAUGCAGAUCCAAGUAUCAUACUAUCAAUAGUCACUAGUGAUAGUACUUACUUAGUAAGCUCAAUUUUAAUUUUAAUAAUUGCAUGCCUAUGCUUUUAUAAUUAUGACCCAUGCCCAUUGAUUAUCAGUGAUUAACAUUUUAUGAACAUACAUCAAUAACAACAGUAAAUCAGUCACAUUGAGUAGGUCUAGUAUGAGUAUUAUUGACCACUCAAAAAUUUUCACCAGCACUACCUUACAGACUCACAGAGGUUGAGAAAGACCACAUGAUUUUUUGCUACCCUCCUUUUUAAAAAAAAACUCUAUGUAUACGUUUAAACUUUUAUAAUUUCAAUUCAUUAAAGCAUGGAGAUUUUAUUUCUUUUGACAUUUAUAAUUUUAUAUAGGCCUAUAGUAUAGCUAACAUAUAAGUUAAAUUUCUUUACCUACUUCUGUGUGAAUGUGAAACGCCUAUGAAUUGAAACAUGAGCCAAAUGGUCCUAAUCACAAGAUGACUGAACAUUCCACAAAUUUAGGAUUCAACUUACUGCCCUAAAUGUCCUGAUCUAUUAAGCCUUAGAGGUGUUAUACUUUUUAAAAUGUGCAUUUUAAUGAUGUAUAAAUAUUGAUUUGAACAAGAGUUUAUAAUCACUAUGUCAUAAUCAAACACUGACACAUGAUCUUAACAGUCAUAACCUUUACUAAAAAUAUCAGAGGGCAAUCUUGAAUGUUGAUAUUAAUUGAUAUGAAUGUCUGCUGUAUUUUUUUUUGUUUACAUUACAAAAGCCAUCUUUUAAAAAUUUCUUUGUGUACAUUCCUAGUUUUUAAUCAGACAGCUUUUUAACUUAACUGGUUGGACAACUAUUUUAUUGUAGACAACUGUUUUUUUAAUCCUGCCAAAAGCUGACUGCUGGUGAAACUGGUUGAUUAGAGUUGUUUUUUUUACACAGGGUUUACUGACUCCCCAAGAAUGGCCGAGUCCAAUUCACCCUGUAAUUUAAUCAUAAUUAAACAUGCAAUGUGCUGCAACCAGUGGCGUAGCUAUGGGGUUGCAGGGGGGUGUGGACCGCACAGGGUGACACUAUCUCAAGGGGUGACACCAGAUUAAAAAAUUGCAUAUUUACAGAGCAUACGCUGCUUGGUCUAACUGAAUUUCAUAAAAGGAUAACCGAUUACAAGUAAAUGUUCCACAUAUUUAACCAAUCCGUAUGCGGGCUUCAUUAAAAGUUCAAGGCUGAUGAGUCAGAAAUGAUGUAGCCCUAUAAUUUGGUAAUAAAAAAACAGUUUUGUCCAUGAUUCAAUACCGAUUGAAGUGUUCUGUAACUUUGGUAAGUGACAGGAAGCUAUAUUUAUUUAAAUUCUGAGAAAUAACGCUUUACAUUGAUACCAAAUACAAUUUGCUUGGAUGACUCUAAGUACAUUUUACAGUUCUUAAAAACAUUUACCUCAUGACCUUCAAUUAAUUUGUUUGUCAUUGUAAUUCUGUGGCUUAAUAUGUGAAAAAGAAAGAAAUCCAUCGGAGAGGGGGUGGGGGUGACACCAUGAGUUUACAGCAGCUGGUGACACCAACCCUAGCUACGCCACUGGCUGCAACGCUUCCAUUCUGCCAUGGUGCUUACUAUAAAACUGUUAGUGACUGAACUGUUGAUGAUAAUUUUUCUUUUCAACAUUUUUUUAAUGUCCAACAGCCUUUUGAUUGACUUCAGAAUGAGCCAUUGGACAAGGUAUCAAUGACGUAACUUUAGAUUUGAUGCUAAGAAAGAGUUGGGGGGAAGGGGAUUAAUUAUCUUUAUUCUAAUGUCUUUUGAAUUAACUGAUGGGCAUGGGAGGCAAGUAACUGAUGGGCAUGGGAGGCAAGUAACUGAUGGGCGUGGGAGGCAAGUAGCGUCAUCUUCUGGAUGGAUGUAGUUCAUAUGAUUUUUUAAAAAGUCUAAUAUAGAGGGUCCCUUAAAGAGAACCUUUUCUUUGAACACUUUUUAUUUGGUCUAUUGACCAUUAAAAAGCCAACAUUUGAUUUGAUCUGUACUUUUUGUAUCUCUCUGAGUGGGCUGGAUUGUCAGAAACUUUUCAUGUUAUUUCCAAAGGCCAGUAGUUAUGAUUAUGCCAGAGAGAGAGAUACAUGCAAAUUCAUGGCAUGGAACCGAUUCAUCAAUUAUGGUUCUUGGCCAACACAUUUUUAAUAAUCCAUAGUAUUUAAAGUAAAAAGCUAGAGCUGUAACAUGCCUCAAAAUAUUUGUUGAUAGAAUGGAUUGCAUUUACAAAUGUCAAUGAUAUGCAUUGUGUUGCCAGUGCAGUUCCUUAAUAUUGUUUUCAUCAAUAGUCACAACAAAAUGCGGAGCAGAAAGAUGUUUUGAUUUUUUAAUAAAUUAUUUAAUAAACAUUUCAUGCACCCAAAUUGAGGCAACUGAAAUUUUCGCAACAAUUUUAGCAAAUUAUAUAAAUUUGAAUUUCUCUUCAAUUACUAUGCUGUGUAACCCAAACACAGUAAACUUACCAGUGAAUAUAACAUGAAAAAUUCCUCAUAUACUUUAACAUAACCAUAACUUCUUGAUUGCAUGAAUCAGUUAAGGAACUGUUGAUUUUCAAGUCGUUCCUGCACUAGUGUAGGAAGGCAAAAGGUUUUUUCUAUUUUUCUAUGUAUUGAAUGGCAACAUGUUCAGUCAACUGCAGUUUUUUCCUUAAGGUGGGGUGGGGGUGGGGGGGGUGUUUCACCCAUCCCGGGCAACCCUAGCAGCACCACUGCUUCCAUGUUAUGAUUUUGUAAUAUUUGCUAAAAUUCUAUACAAUCAAAGAUCUUAUUCUAUACAGUCAAAGAUCUUAUUCUAUACAGUCAAAGAUCUUAUUCUAUACAGUCAAAGAUCUUAUUCUAUACAGUCAAAGAUCUUAUUCUAUACAGUCAAAGAUCUUAUUCUAUACAUUCAAAGAUCUUAUUGUUCUAAAAGUGUGCCAGUUUGAUAAACAUAAAUAUUAAUUAAAUAUUUUUUUUUAUUUUUCAAGGGAACAUGUUUUUGUCUCCCAGGUAGUAGACAGUUUUGCUGCAUCAGCAGUUAGAAAAUAUGAACUUAAAGAGGCGUAACUGAAAACAAGAUCCUGCAUGAACGCAAACUUUUGUAUAGAAAGUUUGAAACAAAAAAAAUAGCUAAUAUAUCACUGAACUUGUUAAUAAGCUGAAUCAGCUAAUACUAACUUAUCUCUGAAACUGUCGUAUACUAUAACAACAUAAGCUAAUAUAUCUGUGAAACUGUUGUAGAAAACUUGCCAAAGUUUUGAUUGAUGAUUGUGGAUAAGAUCAGCUGGCUGAGUUUUAUUCCACUUCAAACAACCGUGCUUCACAUUGUUUUGCACAUGAUGGUGCCCCCAGAGCAAUGUAGUCAAGGAUUAUGAUGCUUGUGACGCUUCAUCAUUAAUGGAUCAAUUCAAAUUAGCUAAAGACUUUAAAAAAAAAAAUGUUUUAGAGACUGUACAUUUGAUUCAACGACACGUUCAAAAAGUGGUUUGGGGGGGGUGGGGUGGAGAGAACUGUUGGAUUAUGGUGCUUGCUAUAGAUCUCAACAGGUCCAUAAAAGCUGCUUUGAAUGAGAUGCACAACGUCAACAUCAAACAUUGCCACAAGGCCGCCGCACCCACAUGGCUGUUAAUACUUCUCUUUAUCCAUUAUUCACGGCGAUCUUCUCCCGUGACACUCGCGGUCUUCUCAAGUGACAUCCGCAUUAUGUCUUGUACAUUUCUAUGUUGUUAAGGGUGAGGGUGAAUUCAGGGGUAUAAUGUGAGGGUAUUUGUGGAUUGAGGGAUAUAGUGUGAGGGUAUUUGUGGAUUGAGGGAUAUAGUGUGAGGGUAUUUGUGGAUUGAGGGAUAUAGUGUGAGGGUAUUUGUGGAUUGAGGGAUAUAGUGUGAGCGUAUUUGUGGAUUGAGGGAUAUAGUGGGAGGGUAUUUGUGGUUUGGUCGAUAUAGUGAGAGUGUAUUUGUGGAUUGAGGGAUAUAGUGUGAGGGUAUUUGUGGAUUGAGGGAUAUAGUGUGAGCGUAUUUGUGGAUUGAGGGAUAUAGUGUGAGGGUAUUUGUGGAUUGAUGGAUAUAGUGGGAAGGUAUUUGUGGAUUGAUGGAUCUAGUGUGACUAGUGUGAGUGUAUUUGUGGAAUGAGAGAUAUAGUGUAAGUUUAUCUGUGGAUUACGAGAUAUAGUGUGAUGUGAUUUAUGGAUUCAGGGAUAGAGUGUGGAUGUACUGGAGGAUUUAGAAAUAAACUGUGGGGGCUUUGGUGGUUUCAUGUAUAAUGUGUGAGGGUAUUGGUGGAUUCGGUUUUUUUUCCAUCCCAAUAUUUCAAUGUUAGCAGUAUAGGAUCAUAUAUUUGUUUGGAGGGUGAGGUGUGGGUCACUUAAGUCUACUUCUGAACCAAAUACUAGAACCGUGUUUAUUAAGAUUCAACACUCCACCCCCAUGCACCUUUGGUGGCGUGUAUUGUUCCACUUAUUCAAUUCCAAUCCCUUUAAUCUUACGUGAACUGUACAAAAGAAGUAAACAAGGUUUAAUUUCGUGUAACAUUAACACCCCCCUCCCCUCCCCCCCCCCCACCUUUGCCCUACCAUUGCCCAGGCUCGUUCACAACUUCUGGUCGGUGGUGUAGACCUCUCUGCUUGGGGAACUAAAACCUGUGAGAUUUGUUGAUUUAGUUGAAACACGAAUGCAGACAAUCGGUUUUCCCAUUGGAGUCACAUGACCUAACACGCGCUACUGUGUAUUGAUUGGCCCCGUUUCUGCUCGCCUAUUCCAAAAGACAAAAAAAAACCCAAGACUGUACUAAAUGGUGGCUAGAGCUUUUUUGUUUAAAACGUUGGCUCUUUUUAAGACGGAGGACGGGGUGUGGGGGAGCGGGGGGGGGGGCAGGGAGGGCGGUUCUAACCCCUCAACCCGCCACUGGGUACAACCGAUGUGGGGGGUCAAGGCCGGUGAUGUGUGCUCAUCUGUUGAGACCAGCUCAGCGGUCAAAUUAUGGCGAACUUUUUAGGUCCGUUUCUGCUCCCCUAUUCAAAAAGAAAAAAAAAAACCCAAGGCUGUACUAAAUGGUGGCUAGGGCUUUUUUGUUUAAAACGUUGGCUCUUUUUAAGACGGAGGACGGGGUGGGGGGGAGCGGGGGGGGGGGCAGGGAGGGCGGUUCUAACCCCUCAACACGCCACUGGGUACAACCGAUGUGAGGGGUCAAGGCCGGUGAUGUGUGCUCAUCUGUUGAGAUCAGCUCAGCGGUCAAAUUAUGGCGAACUUAUUAGGUGAAGCCACGACAACCUGGCUGAACAUUUCUUUGAAGGUUUCAUUGAUACACUUAGUCUUCAGUGAGUCAACGUUGCCGACCCCUGGCACUGAUUGCAGAGCAAAAGCAGUAGCCUACAUCUACGUGUCCAAUCAAAAGAUAUCUUUUACAAGGGUACUUCAUACACAUCAAAAGAUACCUUUUUACAAAGGUACCAGUACUUCAUACAAAUCAAAAGAUACCUUUUACAAGGGUACUUCAUACAUAUCAAAAGAUACCUUUUACAAGGGUACUUCAUACACAUCAAAAGAUACCUUUUACAAGGGUACUUCAUACACAUCAAAAGAUACCUUUUACAAGGGUACUUCAUACACAUCAAAAGAUACCUUUUAUAAAAGGUACUUCAUACACAUCAAAAGAUACCUUUUACAAGGGUACUUCAUACACAUCAAAAGAUACCUUUUACAAAAGUACUUCAUACACAUUAAAAGAUACCUUUUACAAGGGUGCUUCAUACACAUCAAAAGAUACCCUUUACAAAGGUACUUCAUACACAUCAAAAGAUACCUUUUACAAGGGUACUUCAUACACAUCAAAAGAUACCUUUUACAAAGGUACUUCAUACACAUCAAAAGAUACCUUUUACAAGGGUACUUCAUACACAUCAAAAGAUACCUUUUACAAGGGUACUUCAUACAUUUCAUCUUUUCUCAAGACUUUCAAUUUAAAAAAAAAAAAAUUAAGAAAGAUAUUGUGGGGGGUGGCUGGUUGGUGGGUUGUCUAGACUCUUGAUGAGGUCUAUUUAUAAUUUGCCAAAGAGGAAUGCAAAUUAUUGCUUCUUUCGUUGCUGUUGAGAAAGAAGCUGAACACCUUUGGUUGGUGGGUUCAAGGACAUUUUUAAUGUUACACUAGGUGAGUCAGUUACACUGGAGAGUCAGUUACAAUAGGAGAGUCAGUCACACUAAGAGAGUCAGUUACACUAGGAGAGUCAGUUACACUAAGGAGAGUCAGUUACAAUAGGAGAGUCAAUUACACUAGGAGAGUCAAUUACACUAGGAGAGUCAGUUACUCUAGGACAGUCAUUUACAAUAGGACAUUCAGUUACACUAGGAGAGUCAUUUACAAUAUGAGAGUCAUUUACAAUAUGAGAGUCAGUUACACUAGGAGAGUCAGUUACACGAGGAGAGUCAGUUACACGAGGAGAGUCAGUUACACUAGGAGAGUCAGUUACACUAGGAGAGGUUACACUAGGAGAGUCAGUUACACUAGGAGAGUCAUUUACACUAGGAGAGUCAGUUACACUAGGAGAGUCAGUUACACUAGGAGAGUCAGUUACACUAGGAGAGUCAGUUACACUAGGAGAUUCAGAGGUUAAUUUCGAUAUUAUUUAACUAGCGUGUGUGUGUUCUUUAAUUUAAAAAAUGUUGAUUAAAACUCCUGUAAUUAGCUACAACCUUGAACUUGAUACCCACUAAUGGUUGCAAUCCCGCUCUGACUUGACUAUCUAGUCAUUCCACCGAGUCACAAAGGAAAUGGGCGGGGCAAAAAUUGCAUGGCAAAGUUUUCACGAACACCGCCUCCUACUCUUAUCAAUGGAACACGCGACUUGGCAAUUGUUGUUUUAUAAUUAGCCACGAUCCUACAUAACACCUUCGUCGCCUGCUGUCGUCACACCGUUGUUUUGUGCGCGGAUUAGACAUUUGUGUGCAUUUUGGUAUCGCAAGGUAGGUGUUGAAUUUGUAUAGUGUGUUAAGAAAAUCAUUGAUAUAAUGAACUAUUAUAAAAGCAAUCUGGGUUGGAGAAGAAAAAAGGGGGUGGGGAACAAUCUUCCCUCUAAGGUUUGUUGGUUCGUGUGGAAAAUCUUAAAGUUGUGUGCAAAUUUUUACAGCAUCAAUUUUUUUGUGCACAAAAUUUUCAGCCUACAGACACAAACACACACUUAAGUGGAAAUUAGCUGCGCGGUACUCAGAACUGCUGCGUGGCGUCUGUGAGAUUGCAGCUGAAAGGGAACAUUGGUGGGGGGUAUUUGGACACUCAGUAGGCCUGCAUACCGUUAGAUUAGAUUAGAUUGAUUUUGAUAAGAGCCACAUUUUCAGAUCGGAUGCCGUGGGAGUCGUCCACAAUUCAUAACUGUCAUAGACUCUGAAGGCCUAAUCGAUCAUUUAAUAUCGAGUUCAUUUUAUAAACACUCAAUACUAAUUGCACAUUUGAUGCAGCCACCCACACGACCCACUCAGACCCAUUUAAGAAUUGUGUUAGUUUACAACUGUCGCAAGGCUUUGCUUACUUAUAGCACACUUCAGAGACGGAGCUCCGCACAGUUAGAACGUUCGUGUGCAUUUCUUUCUUUGGAUGUUUUCACUGUUGCAUUGGCACUUGUAUGCUACCGUUUGGCGUAGAUUGGUCGGUUUGGUCUGUUCAUUCAGGUCUCACGUCUUCUAGAGUCGCUGAUUCAGUUUUCACUGUUGCAUUGGCACUUGUAUGCUACCGUUUGGCGUAGAUUGGUCGGUUUGGUCUGUUCAUUCAGGUCUCACGUCUUCUAGAGUCGCUGAUUCAGUUUUCACUGUUGCAUUGGCACUUGUAUGCUACCGUUUGGCGUAGAUUGGUCGGUUUGGUCUGUUCAUUCAGGUCUCACGUCUUCUAGAGUCGCUGAUUCAGUUUUCACUGUUGCAUUGGCACUUGUAUGCUACCGUUUGGCGUAGAUUGGUCGGUUUGGUCUGUUCAUUCAGGUCUCACGUCUUCUAGAGUCGCUGAUUCAGUUUUCACUGUUGCAUUGGCACUUGUAUGCUACCGUUUGGCGUAGAUUGGUCGGUUUGGUCUGUUCAUUCAGGUCUCACGUCUUCUAGAGUCGCUGAUUCAGUUUUCACUGUUGCAUUGGCACUUGUAUGCUACCGUUUGGCGUAGAUUGGUCGGUUUGGUCUGUUCAUUCAGGUCUCACGUCUUCUAGAGUCGCUGAUUCAGUUUUCACUGUUGCAUUGGCACUUGUAUGCUACCGUUUGGCGUAGAUUGGUCGGUUUGGUCUGUUCAUUCAGGUCUCACGUCUUCUAGAGUCGCUGAUUCAGUUUUCACUGUUGCAUUGGCACUUGUAUGCUACCGUUUGGCGUAGAUUGGUCGGUUUGGUCUGUUCAUUCAGGUCUCACGUCUUCUAGAGUCGCUGAUUCAGUUUUCACUGUUGCAUUGGCACUUGUAUGCUACCGUUUGGCGUAGAUUGGUCGGUUUGGUCUGUUCAUUCAGGUCUCACGUCUUCUAGAGUCGCUGAUUCAGUUUUCACUGUUGCAUUGGCACUUGUAUGCUACCGUUUGGCGUAGAUUGGUCGGUUUGGUCUGUUCAUUCAGGUCUCACGUCUUCUAGAGUCGCUGAUUCAGUUUUCACUGUUGCAUUGGCACUUGUAUGCUACCGUUUGGCGUAGAUUGGUCGGUUUGGUCUGUUCAUUCAGGUCUCACGUCUUCUAGAGUCGCUGAGUCAGUUUUCACGCCGUGUUUUUAAUGUUGGUUCCAGUUCCACGCCAGUCCGCCUGGUUCCAGUUCCACGCAUGUCCGCCUGGUUCCAGUCCCACGCCGGUCCUAAUAGAACUCUGUCUUAAAACCCUGUCAUAAAACUCUGUCACAGAACUCUGUCAUAAAUCUCUGUAAUAGAACCCUCUAAUAGAACUCUCUAAUAGAACUCGACGCCACGAUUCACUCAAAGUCAAAGCAGCACCCGGGAAGCAGUAUAAGUUAUUAAGUAGGCCUUUUUUUGUUGUCAAGUUAAACGCCGGUGUGUCGCAUUGGCAACUUUAAAAAAAAAAUCGUUUAUUAUUGAAGAAGUUUAAACAUAUUAAAUAGUUUAAUUGUUGUCAUAAAAGUUUAAAUAUAUCUUAAACUAAUUUACAUUUGAGUUAAAUUUUUAAAAAAGUAUGUGUAUGAAACACACCCAGGUUAAGGGGCACUUGAAAUUGACAUAAUUUCUCUUCUGCUUAAUCAGUUAAGUAUAGUGUGGAGUGUAGACUAAUGCAAAACUAAAUUCAGGUACCGGUAUACGCCAAAAGGAAUCCUUGUAUACUGAAUAUUUUUUUAAAAAUGAUACUUAAAAAAAUGGGCUUCCAUGUGCCCCCUCCCUAGACCCACGCCCGCACUUUGCUUUGGCUCGGGAGCAUUCGGCACCUUGGAUUUCAACCGCCGAUCAAAGUGACGUACCGACACUUUUCUAUAAGCAGGGAAAAAUAACUCAAACCUUUGGGACCGAGGAAAAAUCGAUGCUAUUUGCAGGUUUAACCUUCCUGGAGUAGUAAGCGCAUAAGCCAUGGACAUUGCUAUUUCAAGUUUCGUUAUCUCCAGGUUCCGCUUGCCUAAAGAACUACCAUACGUUGUGGGAAGGGGGGGGGGCGGUAAACUCAAAGUUCACCUUGUGCUACGCCACCAUGACGGCGCCUCGUAGGGAUAUGUAUAGAACUAGUACUCUGUACUGUCUGUUUCUUAUGUUAUAUUUAUACACUUACUGUUAAGUCCCCGAUGACUGAUCAAUUAGUUAUGAGACCGCUUAGUCACCGCCAUCCCAGCUAAGCAACUAUUGACCUAAUCCGCCACCCCAGCUAAUCCACUAUUGACCUAAUCCGGCACUCCAGCUAACCCACUAUUGACCUAAUCCGCCACCCCAGCUAAUCCACCAUUGACCUAAUCCGCCACCCCAGCUAAUCCACCAUUGACCUAAUCCGCCAUCCCACCUCACCCACUAUUGACCUAAUCCGGCACUCCAGCUAACCCACUAUUGACCUAAUCCGCCACCCCAGCUAAUCCACCAUUGACCUAAUCCGCCAUCCCACCUCACCCACUAUUGACCUAAUCCGGCACUCCAGCUAACCCACUAUUGACCUAAUCCGCCACCCCACCUCACCCACUAUUGACCUAAUCCGGCACUCCAGCUAAUCCACUAUUGACCUAAUCCGCCACCCCACCUCAUCCACUAUUGACCUACUCCGGCACUCCAGCUAACCCACUAUUGACCUAAUCCGCCACCCCAGCUAAUCCACCAUUGACCUAAUCCGCCACCCCAGCUAAUCCACCAUUGACCUAAUCCGCCAUCCCACCUCACCCACUAUUGACCUAAUCCGGCACUCCAGCUAACCCACUAUUGACCUAAUCCGCCACCCCACCUCACCCACUAUUGACCUAAUCCGGCACUCCAGCUAACCCACUAUUGACCUAAUCCGCCACCCCACCUCACCCACUAUUGACCUAAUCCGGCACUCCAGCUAACCCACUAUUGACCUAAUCCGCCACCCCACCUCACCCAUUAUUGACCUAAUCCGGCACUCCAGCUAACCCACUAUUGACCUAAUCCGCCACCCCAGCUAAUCCACCAUUGACCUAAUCCGCCAUCCCAGCUGAGCCACUAUUGACCUAAUCCGCCACCCCACCUCACCCACUAUUGACCUAAUCGGUGGAUGUUUUCAUUAGCAUCCUGUCACGUCAUUCAAUAUUAAUGACUGCUGUACUGUUGUGGAUUCGAUGGUCAAUACAUAUCAUUGUGAUCAUAAGACAUUGCAGGCACUAAUCGUUGGUUGUCUGGCUGAAGUGAUUGGUGAGCUUACAAACUGAGCAUUGGUUUGUGUAUUACGUAUAAGAUAUACAUGGAUAGGUCCGAUCUUGUUACGUAUAAGAUAUACAUGGAUAGGUCCGAUCUUGUUACGUUUAGGUGUACAGGAAUAGGUCCGAUCUUGUUACGUAUAAGAUAUACAUGGAUAGGUCCGAUCUUGUUACGUAUAAGAUAUACAUGGAUAGGUCCGAUCUUGUAGCGUAUAAGAUAUACAUGGAUAGGUCCGAUCUUGUUACGUUUAGAUGUACAGGAAUAGGUCCGAUCUUGUAGCGUAUAGAUUUACAUGAAUAGGUCCUAUCUUGUUACUUAUAGAUGUACACGAAUAGGUCCGAUCUUGUUGCGUAUAGAGUAUAGAUGUACAUGAAUUUGAAUAGGCCCGAUUUUGUUGCGUAUAGAUGUACCUGAAUAGGUCCGAUCUUGUUACGUUUAGAUGUACACGAAUAGGUCUUACUUCGUCAGGAAGAUGUAGCUACUUUUCUAGGGCUGACCCUGUCACUAAGAUGCGUAUGAGUAAGUCUGACUGUCAAGUAGAUGUAUUUAGUAGUGUUAGGUAAUUCAAUCAAGUCACGUAGAUGUACAAGCUGAUAUGUUAAAUUCCGUCCAUCAUACGAUAUGUACUUGUCAAAGCCGUUAUUAUUUACAGCUAAUGUGUGGAAUGGUCUGAAAUUAAAGUGGUUGGAAUUACAGGUAAAAUAUGGAAUGAUCUGAAAUUAAAGUGGUUGGAAUUACAGGUAAAAUAUGGAAUGGUCUGAAAUUAAAGUGGUUGGAAUUACAGGUAAAAUAUGGAAUGGUCUGAAAUUAAAGUGGUUGGAAUUACAGGUAAAAUAUGGAAUGGUCUGAAAUUAAAGUGGUUGAAAUUACAGGUAAAAUAUGAAAUGGUCUGAAAUUAAAGUGGUUGGAAUUACAUGUAAAAUAUGGAAUGGUCUGAAAUUAAAGUGGUUGUAAAACACUACUCUGGAAUCUGCCAAGGCCCUUCUUUUAGUAUGACGUCAUACUCAUGUCCUCCUAAGUCGGUGUCAUAAAUCUACAUCUGGAAGGCUGGAAAUAUGUUGGUCUGACCAUUGGCCCAGUGAGUGAAUGUGUCUGACCAUUGGCCCAUUGAGUGAAUGUGUCUGACCAUUGGCCCAUUGAGUGAAUGUGUCUGACCAUUGGCCCCUUGAGUGAAUGUGUCUGACCAUUGGCCCAUUGUGUGAAUGUGUCUGACCAAUGGACCAUCGAGUGAAUAUGUCUGACCAUUUGCCCAAAGAGUGAAUCUGUCUGAANCUGGAAAUAUGUUGGUCUGACCAUUGGCCCAGUGAGUGAAUGUGUCUGACCAUUGGCCCAUUGAGUGAAUGUGUCUGACCAUUGGCCCGUUGAGUGAAUGUGUCUGACCAUUGGCCCGUUGAGUGAAUGUGUCUGACCAUUGGCCCGUUGAGUGAAUGUGUCUGAACAUUGGCCCGUUGAGCGAAUGUGUCUGACCAUUGGCCCGUUGAGUGAAUGUGUCUGACCAUUGGCCCGUUGAGCGAAUGUGUCUGACCAUUGGCCCGUUGAGUGAAUGUGUCUGACCAUUGGCCCGUUGAGCGAAUGUCGUUGGCUUAUCGGUGACUCUGGUGCCAGCAUGGCGUGUCCCCGGUCUGCCCCAGUUGGAGAGAAACCAGUCCAUGCACUUUUGAACUGGCGGCGGUCUCUCAGCUGGUACCUGACACAUGUGGGGGGGGGGGCGUCUCUCUUCUUUAUUAAGCGUCUCUCUACUUUAUUAUGAUUCCACAUACACGGGGCGUCUCUCUCCGUAUUAUGAUACCACACAAAUGGUGCGUCUCUCUCCUUUAUUAUGAUACCCCACAAAUGGGGCGUGUCUCUUCCUUAUUAUGAUACCACACUCUUCUACUUAUCCUAUUUCUACUCAUCCUGGGUUGUGUCAUUUCAUGAAGUAUAUUGUGUCAUGACAUGGAUGUGAGUAGAGACCGACCGAAUUUCGGUUUCGGCGCCGAAAGUGGCAAUUUUAUCACUUUCGGCCAAGUUUUGGUUUCGGCCGAAACUGAAAGUUAACUUUCGGCUUAAUUUCGGCUUCGGUCGAAAGACAAAAGUUAACUUUCGGGUUUUUUUUCGGUUUCGGCCGAAAUUGACUUAGACUUUCGGCCAUCCGGCCGAAAGUGACUGAGGUUUUCGGUCAUCUAAUUCUCAGCAAAAGCGAUAUUUAACAAUAAACUAAGCGACAUUUAAGAAUAAACUAAACGAUCUUUAAAAACAAAUAAAGCGAUCGUUAAUAAAAAAAUUAAACGAUCUUAAAAGAACAAACUAAGCGAUUUUUAAGAACAAACUAAGCGAUCUUUAACAGAAAACUAAAUGUUCUUUAGGAACAAACUAAAAGAUCUUUAAGAACAAACUAAUCGAUCUUAAGGAACAAAAUCAAUUAUCUACCAGAACAAACUAAGCGAUCUUUAUGGAAAACUAAGCGAUCUUUAACAACAAACUAAGCGAUCUUUAAGAACAAACUAAACGAUUUUUAAUAACAAACUAAAAGAUCGCUACAAACAAACUAAAUGAUCUUUAAGAACAAACUGAAUGAUCUUUAAGAACAACUAAGCGAUAUUUAAGAACAAAAUCAAUGAUUUUUAAGAACAAACUUAGCCAUCUUUAUGAACAAACUAAACGAUCUUUUAAUAACACAAACUUAGCGAUCUUUAAGAAAAAACUUAGCGAUCUUUUUUGAACAAACUAAUUGAUCUUUAAAAACAAACUAAAAGAUCUUUAAACAAAAACUGAGCGAUCUUUAAGAACAAACUAAGCGAUCUUAAAAAACAAAAUAAAUGAUUUUUAACAACAAACUAAGCGAUCUUUAUGAACAAACUAAGCGAUCUUUAAGAACAAUCUAACGAUCUUUAACAACAAGAUGUCUUCUUCUUCUUCGAUAUCUUAAGGGCCCACGAUCAAUUUAUUGAUCAUUUUGGCUCCUAUGCCUGUAGAUGGGUUUUGCAAUGUUUCUGUUACUGGUGUUGAUGAGGAAAUUAUGCACUAGGGGUUUGAAGGCUGGAGGCAAUAGACACAAAUGUGUCUAGUGUUUUCGCUUCUUGCUGGUAUGAGCCUGAAUUGCCUGCCAUGGCCUCGUCGCUGUCUAUGGGGAAAGAGGGACGAGUUUAUGUUUAAUACUGGAACAGAUGUUAAAUUAGAUGUUUAUUUAUUAAUAUUCACGAUUAUCUCAUUUUUUAUAAAAAGAAUUUAAAUGUUUAUACCUUCUCCCAUCAUUUUCGAUGUAUGCAGAAUGUAUGCGGGAACGAAUUUCAAAAUAUCUAAAUAUUUCAUUUUCGGCUUCGGUUUUGGCUGAAAGUCAUUUUUAACUUUCGAUAUUUUUCGGUUUCGGCCGAAAGUCAUUUUUAAACUUUCGGUAUUUUUUCGGUUUCGGCCAAAAAGUCCUUUUAAACUUUCGGCCUAUUUUCGGCUUCGGCCGAAAUCAGAAAAUCACUUUCGGUCGGUCUCUAGAUGUGGGUUGUGUCAUGCCAUGGAUGUGGGUUGUGUCAUGACAUGGAUGUGAGUUGUGUCAUGAUAUGGAUGUGAGUUGUGUCAUGACAUGGAUGUGAGUUGUGUCAUGCCAUGGAUGUGGGUUGUGUCAUGCCAUGGAUGUGAGUUGUGUCAUGAUAUGGAUGUGAGUUGUGUCAUGACAUGGAUGUGGGUUGUGUCAUGCCAUGGAUGUGGGUUGUGUCAUGAUAUGGAUGUGAGUUGUGUCAUGACAUGGAUGUGGGUUGUGUCAUGACAUGGAUGUGAGUUGUGUCAUGAUAUGGAUGUGAGUUGUGUCAUGACAUGGAUGUGGGUUGUGUCAUGCCAUGGAUGUGGGUUGUGUCAUGACAUGGAUGUGAGUUGUGUCAUGAUAUGGAUGUGAGUUGUGUCAUGACAUGGAUGUGGGUUGUGUCGUGACCAAUGUUUCCCUCUAAGGUUUGCUGGUUUGUGUGCAAAAUCAUACAGUUGUGUGCAAAGUUUUAAAUUUUCGAUUUUUUGUGUGCAAAAUUUUACAGCCCACAAAUACAAACACACACUAGCAUGGCAAUUUGCUGCGUGGAUACUCAAAACUGCUGCGGCGUCUGUGAGAUAGCUGCGCGGCCGCACAGCUUAAAGGGAACAUUGGUCAUGACAUGGAUGUGGGUUGUGUCAUGCCAUGCAAGUUGACCGUCGCCAAGGGUAGAGGAGAUUGGCCCAUUGUUUACAUAACAAUUUCCAAUUAAAGCAUAUUUACUUAACGCCAACUUGAACCAGGGAGUCCCUGUGGGAGCAUUGAUUCUGAUACAUGCUUUUUAGUUCGUUGUCUACAUAGCCGGAACACGUCAUCAUGGAUUUAGAGGUCUCACAGAGUCGAUGUGACUCACCACGUUUGCAUUCUCAGCUCACAAAUCUAACUUAGUAGCGUAAGACUUCUAAUGCACACAGUGUACUACCUUAGUUUUAACUCACCGCGGUGGUCAUCCACCACCCUCGCCCCCCCCCCCUGCCAUUUCAGACAACGUUAUCUGACGACGUAUACUGUUGUUACUCUCUCACAAGGGGGCGUGACUAGAUUGUUCUACCGCAGUGUUUCCCAAACUUUCGAAAUCUGUGUACCCCUGUCUAUAAUUUUCAUAACACUGAAUACCACUCGUUAAAAAAAUUGCAUAUAUUUUAAUAACAGUUAAAAAAAUUAUUAUUUUUUUUUCCUUUGCAGCGCGUACCCCCACCAAACUCUUCCCGUACCCAGGGGCGCGCGUACUACACUUUGGGAAACACUCUUCCACCGUGUUGGACAGCGUGUAGUGUGGGUAAUGUUUGUGUACAGAUGACUUAGCCGUUGUCUGUUUUCUCUGGCGCGCAGUGCACGGAGCACUUUCCUUUGGAAUGAAACCUCCCAAAAUAAACCAAUCAAUAACGCUACAUAAACCAAGCUUUGGUUUUACAAGGACGAAGCCGAAGAUCUUGUCUGUCAGACGAUUGUCCGUGCAGAUUCACCAAGGCCCAUGCGUGUCAGUGCUACUUGUCAUCAUGCUGCAUGUUGCCCCAAAGUCCAAAGUGGGAUUCAGUGGGAAGAUUUUUAUUAAUAAACGGUUUAAUGUUUAUGUAGUGUUUGAAGUGGGCGGGGGUUGCUAUUGUGUAGAUUUGCAGGCAACAGUGCUUUACAAUGUUUAAAUUAGAAUCGAGGAUUGCAUACAGCUGUACUGAUGUAUCUUUGCACCCCUCUCACCUAGGAUACACAGCUGUGCUGAUGGACCCCUCACACUAGGAUACACAGCUGUGCUGAUGGACCCCUCACUUUAGGAUUUACCAUUGUUCCGAAGUGUGUACCCAUCAAAACCGGGUAUACCACUGUUGCCGAAGUUUGAUGUACUCCUUAAAAUGGUCACUAUCUUAACUAGCCAUUUACCCAAAACAAGCCAUUUACGGGUACAUUUUACCGUUUGCAAUAUUAAAGUAAAUACAGUAAACAACGGAAGUGAAGAUUUGAUUUCCCCGUCCAAGGUCUCAGUGUUUCUGUCCACCCCCGUCCUAGGUCUCAUUGUUUCUGUCCACCCCUUCAAGAGUCUCAGUGUUUCUUCCCAUCCCCUUCAAAAGUCUCAGUGUUUCUCUCCACCCCCUUCAAAAGUAUCAUUGUUUCUGUCCACCCCCUUCAAAAGUCUCAUUGUUUCUGUCCACCCCAUCAAGAGUCUCAGUGUUUCUGUCCACCCCCUCAAAAGUCUCAUUGUUUCUGUCCACCCCUUCAAGAGUCUCAGUGUUUCUGUCCACCCCCUUCAAAAGUCUCAUUGUUUCUGUCCACCCCUUCAAGAGUCUCAGUGUUUCUGUCCACCCCCUUCAAAAGUCUCAUUGUUUCUGUCCACCCCAUCAACAGUCUCAGUGUUUAUGUCCACCCCCUUCAAAAGUCUCAUUGUUUCUUUCCACCCCUUCAAAGGUCUCAGUGUUUCUGCCCCCCACCCCCUUUUUUUUCAAAAGUCUCAGUGUUUCUGUCCACCCCCUUUAAAAGUCUCGGUGAUGUACCCACCCCUUGUUUCAUCAAUAUUCCUGUUGACUCAAGCGCGUGGCCAGUGCCAUCAGCUGAUAUCGACGACUGAUUAGACAGAUCAUUUCCCACUACUUUAAACAAAGCCUGCUGCGGCCGCGAGGCGUAUUUUGUUCAGUGUAAACAUUGUGUAGCUUGGUAUCCAGUGGUGUAAAUACCACGCCGGUACACCUAAUGGUGUAACUACCACGCCGGUACACCUAAUGGUGUAACUACCACGCUGGUACACCUAAUAGUGUAACUACCACGCCGGUACACCCAAUGGUGUAACUGCCACGCCGGUACACCCAAUGGUGUAACUACCAUGCCGGUACACCCAAUGGUGUAACUACCACGCCGGUACACCCAAUGGUGUAACUGCCACGCUGGUACACCCAAUAGUGUAACUACCACGCCGGUACACCUAAGGGUGUAACUACCACGCCAGUACACCCAAUGGUGUAACUGCCACGCCGGUACACCCAAUAGUGUAACUACCACGCCAGUACACCCAAUGGUGUAACUGCCACGCCGGUACACCCAAUGGUGUAACUACCACGCCAGUACACCCAAUGGUGUAACUACCACGCCGGUACACCUAAUGGUGUAACUACCACGCCAGUACACCUAAUGGUGUAACUACCACGCCAGUACACCCAAUGGUGUAACUACCACGCCGGUACACCUAAUGGUGUAACUACCACGCCGGUACACCUAAUGGUGUAACUGCCACGCCAGUACACCUAAGGGUGUAACUACCACGCCAGUACACCCAAUGGUGUAACUACCACGCCGGUACACCCAAUGGUGUAACUACCACGCCAGUACACCCAAUGGUGUAACUACCACGCCAGUACACCUAAUGGUGUAACUACCACGCCGGUACACCCAAUGGUGUAACUACCACGCCAGUACACCUAAUGGUGUAACUACCACGCCAGUACACCCAAUGGUGUAACUACCACGCCAGUACACCCAAUGGUGUAACUCCCACGCCGGUACACCUAAUGGUGUAACUACCACGCCAGUACACCUAAUGGUGUAACUACCACAUUGGUGCCCCUAAUGCCUAUUCAUUUCUUGUCAUAUUCUUACAGUACACUUUAAAAAAAAAUACGCCUCGGUCGGGAUUAACCUAAGACUGAUCCUGAUGGGGGCUGAGAGAUAUCUCCAGAGCUGGUUGGUAUUCUUAUUUCGUGAGCGUAAACAUUGGUGGGAGUGUGGAGUUGUGGGGGUGUUGUUAGGGCGUAAUUCUUGUCAGUGAGAUGGGGUGUACUACUCAUCUAGUGUACGUUUCAUAUACUCUCUACACCGUUUGAAAUGCAUGUCUUUGUCUCUUGGCAUCCGUCGAUGAUGUUGUAGAGUUCUCAGGACGAAAUCACAAGGGUUUGAGAUGAUUCCUUAAACAGCAAAUUGCCUCUCUACACGCACCUGGAUAACCCAAGGGAACAUCAUAUGUGGAUGGUACAGCUUGGCACCAGUAGUGUCUUAGGAGUUGUCGGAAUUUUUCAUUGUAUCCGCCUACGGGAUUCUAUCUCCGGGUUUUACCGGGACUUUAUCGCUGGCUUUUACGGGAUUCCAUCUCCGGGUUUUACGGGACUCCAUCUCCGGGUUUUAAUUCAGAGUUUCCUGCUCUUAGAUGAACCAUCCAAGGUUAACGGGUCCCAUCCACUAAGGGUCCUGGCGAUUUUCUUGCUUGACCACAAGCUUUGGAUUGACUCACUUUAGACCACUGGGCCAUCCAGCGCCCACGUAUGGAUGAAAUAUGGGGUGGCGUGGUUGAUGAUAUGCCAAACGCAGUAGUUAGAUUACGUUGUCAAGCGGCCAUAUAGAAAGGACGGUUACCAUAGUGAUGUCUUUUUAAUGCAAUGCAUAUAUUCAUAAAUUUAGCUGCCGGUCCGCGCUCGCACUGAGUACAAAAUCUCUACUCUGUGCUAUCGCUGCUUACAUGACCUGGCACCGUCCUAUCUCAAAGCGCUCAUGACGCCUUAUGUACCCACUAGACAACUCCGCUCAUCCGACAGUGGCAAGCUCUCGAUACCACUUGCUCGCCUUGAGACUUACGGAAGGCGCACUUUCGCAUUUGCUGGCCCAACAAUUUGGAACACCCUUCCUGUCACUCUCAGAAACAGCCAGACUCUGAAGUCUUUCAAAACCGAUUUGAAAAUACAUCUAUUUCACAAACACCUGCUGGGGUGAUGUUGUCUACCAUCGUUUCCAGCUGGCUAUUAUCUCCUAGAUGUAUAUUGGCCUGUGUUGUUCAUGGUUGCAAAGGAUGAAAGACUUUGGGUUUGCUCGUAUGUAUUUUUUGUUAUGUUGCGUCUUUGUAUCUCAAUGUGGUAAAAUAUAGAUUGGUUCAUUUCUCUUGUAAUAUGGAUGACUUUUACUGCACUUCGAGCCUUUGGGGAUGAAGCGUGUUUUUACAAAUAAACUUUAUUAUUAUUAUUAUUUAACCUAGAGACCGACUGAAUUUCGGCUUCGGUUUCGGCACCGAAAGAGGCCAUUUUAUCACUUUCGGCCAAGUUUCGGUCGGCUUAACUUUCGGCUUAAUUUCGGUUUCGGUCGAAAGAGAAAAGUUAAUUUUCGGGUUUUCUUCGGUUUCCGCCGAAAUUGACUUAGACUUUCGGCCACCGGCCGAAAGUAACUCUGGUUUUCGGUCAUUUAAUACUCAGCGAAAGCGAUAUUUAACAACAAAUUAAGCGUCAUUUAAGAACAAAUUAAGCGAUCUUUGAGAACAAACAAAACGAUAUUUAACAACAAACUAAGUGACAUUUAAGAACAAACUAAACGAUCUUUAAAACAAACUAAACGAUCUUAAAGAACAAACUAAACGAUUUUUAAGACCGAACUAAAUGAUCUUUAAGAAAAAAACAAAUGAUAUUUAACAGUAAACUAAAUGAUUUAUAAGAAUAAACUAAGCGAUCUCUAACAGAAAAUUAAAUGUUCUUUAGGAACAAACUAAAAGAUCUUUAACAAUAAACUAAACGUUCUUUAACAACAAACUAAGCGAUCUUUAACAACAAACUAAGCGAUCUUUAAAAACAAACUAAACGAUCUUUAACAACAAACUAAGCGAUUUUUAACAACAAACUAAAGUCCCCCAUAGACAGCGACGAGGCCAUGACAGGCAAUUCAGGCUCAUACCAGUAAGAAGCCAGUAAAGGAGCUGCUUAUUCCUGCCCAAGACAAUCAGGGACUGGAACCAUCUAUCAAAAGGAACAGUUGAGGCAACAACACGAGACACAUUUGUGUCUAUUGCCUCAAGCCUUCAAACCCCUAGUGCAUAAUUUCCUCAUCACCACCAGUAACAGAAACAUUGCAAAUCCCAUCUACAUGCAUAGGAGCCAAAAUGAUCAAUAAAUUGAUCGUGGGCCCUUAAGAUAUAGAAGAAGAAGAAGCGAUCUUUAAGAUUAAGCUAAGCGAUAUUUUAGAAUAAACUAUGCGAUCUUUAUGAACAAACUCACGAUCUUUAAGAGCAAACUAACCAAUCAAUAACAACCAACAAAAGCGUAUCACAUUGACCAAACUAUCUCUUGUCAAUUCAUAUAUGUUGAAAUCUAAUUAAAUAACUAUCCAAAAUUAUUCUGGACAAGAAAUUUCACUUUUCUAUAACGUUGCGGUCAAAACGUUGAUAGACUUGAGUCAUGUACUUGCUGCACAAUUAAGUUUCAUAUUAAGUCACCAAAAAUAGCUUACAGGUUGUAAAGUAAACAAAUAACUUGCCUUCACUUGUUUGGCUGGGUGUUGGGACUGAGAAAUAAUACAAGACUUAUCCCGACUGCAGGGGCGUAGCUGGGAAAGCCUGAAAAACCAUUGCAGUUGGCCGAAAAGUCCGUGUCUCAAAUGUAUAGGAAUUAGGAAACGGAGCCUGUUAGGAACCGAGUCUUACUUACAGGGUUCGUUGGCUUCGUUUUUUAGGGGGUUUCAUUAUAUAUAUACUUCAUAAACCAUUAUUGUCAUAUUAAAUAUCUUUAUUACAUAAAUAAGUUACAGCUUCAACUGCCAUUUCUCACAACAACCCCAACACACUAACUACUCUAGGUCAUAUCCCCUUUCCCACACUAUGUCACAAGAUACUAAGAAUAAUAGAUAAAACAACACACAUAAUCUCACAACAACACGCUUUCACACCAUGCAUUCAAUGUCUUAACAGAGCCGCCCCCACCCUUUUCCGCUUGUUCCUACGUCAGUGAUUGAAUGUAGCCGAGAAUUCAAUAUCUAUAUUUGAUAUCUCUGUGUUUAUUUUGUACACGAUCUGAAACAGUCGUCUGGAAAUCGCUUGGCACAAAGAAAACACUAAUCCGCUCUUAGAAACUUGACCCAGAUCCCGUAUUUACGGUUUAUUCGUUACAAAACAGGAACUUAAUACAAAACUAAAUUAAAUUGUUCUAUCCAUCCCUUUGGCACUACAUCCCAUGUUGGGCGUUGGCCUGCCUCACCACAUCCUUUCAUUCAGACUAACUGAUGCUUUUUUUUCAAGGCUUAGAUUUCCCAGUUGCUGUAGAUCCCUCACUAAAUCAUACAUCCACCUAAGCCUACGUCUGCCUUUGAGCCGUUUUCCUCUGGCCUUUUUGGGGUGCACCCUCUUCUCUCCUCAUUUGACAUUCUUGUUAAGAGUCCCGCAGCCCGCCCUUUUUAUAGUUCUGCUACUAGCGUGAGAUCCUGGUGUAGACUACAAUUUCUGGUUGGUUCGUAUUCUCCAUUCAUAUACAUAUUUUGUUGGAUACAUUUUCUCUCUCAUGUGUUGAAUAGGUUUUCUGACUUUUUUGUUAGGGUCCGAGUUUCACUUGCGUAUGUUGCAAGCGGUCAAAUGCGUUUGUUACAGUUUUAUACAUAGUUUUCUUAGUUUUUCUUGUAAUGUAUUUGAAUUUACUUUUUCCAGAGUCUAAGUGUGUUUUCUAAUGUUAAUGGCUUCAUGUAUCUGUCCUUACGUUAACAUAGUCAUGUGUUUGUUAAAUGAUUGUUAACCUCUUUAAGAUAGUCAUGUGUGUUUGUUACAGGGUUGUUAACUUCCAGUCCUGUAAUGGUCACGUCCCUUUUAUUUGGGGCUCUCUUCAAACAUACCAGAAUCCACAAGGUGGCGCUAUAGUGUUAUAGCGUUGGUGAUGCGCCACCACUGGUCUUGUGAUGAUGAGAAAACCCCUUGCAGGUUUGUGACUUAACAGUGGGGCCCUUGUUAUGUAAUUUCAAUACCUGAGCCCAGCUGGGCCUAGAAUUUAUCUUGAUUACAUCCUGGGACGGAGAGAGCGGUCCCGUGAACAAUGAAACCUGCUUUCAAGACAUCACAGUUGCCACGCGUGUGUCGGGGGAAUAUUCAGCUCUGCUACAGGUGUUGGGAUUAGGCGCCACCAUUGUGUCGCCUGGUCCAGAAAGGUCACGGCCGUUUCCUUAGCAAUGACGAAUUAAGAACAUCUCAGCUAAAAAUACAUUUUUUUUUUGUGGUGGCAACCUUGUGAAGUCACGCUCUCCCUAACUUCGGGAGGCAACCAAUCCACUGGAUUAUCCAGCGGUCUGCGACAGUGGUUCCCAAACUUUUUACACCAGAGGACCACGUCACAGCAUUCUCAAAUAAUAUUUGAUUCUUGGACCACCGCUACUUACUUUAACAUCUCAGCGUCACGUGUGCGCGGUGCGCGUUAACUGGAAGGUGAGCACCAGCCACAUCUGGUGUGUGGCCAGCCACAUCUGGUGUGUGGCCAGCCACAUCUGGUGUGUGGCCAGCCACAUCUGGUGUGUGGCGCCCACCUUAUUCAACACUCACGACAUACAAGCAGCAGCACUAAGAAAAGAGAAAGGCUCUUGCAUUGCAUCACCCAUGUCAAAUGGGUGCGGUUGUUUGUGAUUCAUGUCUAAGAUGUGUUAAGACGGAGAAAAUCUUAAGUGCGCUAGCCCUAAGUGGUCACUGCGAAAUGAUGACUCCACUGAUCUGACAUGCUAAGCUGUUUGUGUCAUGUGCACUUUCUAGGCUUGCAAGUCAAGCUGUUUGUGUCACUGUUAUAACCUCAUCUGUGUUGACCUAACUCUGCUUCAACCACUAACCACGACUUGUUGUUGUUGUUUGUUGUUGUUGUUGUUGUUUGUUUAGAUAUUGACGCCCCCGAUUAAAUGUGUAAUGCUCUACCAACUCACCACUCACUUGAUUGGGAAAGGGUUGUUAACAUUCGAAUCCGUCCUAUUCGUUCUAAAGAAUGCUAUCGGGUGAUAAAAUUUCUAGAUCUUUUUUUUUCUGGAGGGUUCCAACCCCCUCCCUAUAAAUAAGCUGGCAGCUUUCCUAGCCGAGGUUUGCAAUUUCCCUAGACAUUCACGAGAUGAAAUAAAGGAGCCUUACGUGAUUGUACUCUUUGUAUGUGUGUAAGUGUGUAUAUUAAGUAUAGAUACAUAUUUGUAACUGUCAAGGAUUGUACUUUUUCACUUGCUGUUCUUUAAGUCAAAAGAGUUUGUAUUUCUGUCUAUUUGAUUGUGACCUCUUUAUAAUUAAAUUGAAUAUUGUUAAUAUCUCUAGCUUUCCUUUAGUUUACUUUGUAGUAUGGUAACAGUCACUUUCUAGGCUAGCUGUCUGUGUCACUUUCUAGGCUUGCAAGUCUAGCUGUCUGUGUCAAUUUCUAGGCUUUCAAGUCUAGCUGUCUGUGUCUAUUUCUAGGCUUCAAGUCCAGCUGUGUAUUUCACUUUCAAGGCUGCAAGUCGGCCAUCGUGCCUGGACAUUAAACCAGAGAUUAAUUUAUGUAUCAUUCGGGGCACUGAAUCCCUGGUCUACUUUGCAGGUUGCCAACUGCAAUAAAAGAAGAACAAAGAAAAACAAAGAAAAACAAUAUCUUUAAAAGCCAAGCUGGCAGAUCAUGGCACAAUACGCCCUCAAACUUCACACAGCAAAAGGUUUAUUUGGCUUCAAGACUGGCAGUGCCGUGUGAGGAGGCUUGGAACUCGAGGGCAUAGAGAAGGGGCGGGGAAACUGUUCACGUAGGACGGCCACAUUCAUUUAUCUUAAAUCAUUAUGGCCACAUUCAAGAAACUUUAAUUCUAUAUCUGUAAAGUGAAUGAACAUUAUUUAACAAAGUUGGGUCAAUGAACAAGGAGGUACAAUACUAUUUCUAGUCUAAAAAAAUUGAGAAUAUGUGCAGUCACUGAUACAGAGCUGAGUAAUGUAGGUGUUUAACACACACACUGCCGGCCAUGAUCUAGUACACAUACACACACACACACACACACACACACAUUGCCGCUCAUGAUCCCCACUAGGAAGGUGAUCAUACCGUUCUCCUACCCCACUAGGCCUGUUGCUCAUACCAUUUUCAUACCCCACUAGGCAGUUGCUCAUACCCUUCUCCUACCCCACUAGGCCUGUUGCUCAUACCCUUCUCCUACCCCACUAGGCCUGUUGCUCAUACCCUUCUCCUACCCCACUAGGCCUGUUGCUCAUACCCUUCUCCUACCCCACUAGGCCUGUUGCUCAUACCAUUUUCAUACCCCACUAGGCAGUUGCUCAUACCAUUUUCAUACCCCACUAGGCCUGUUGCUCAUACCAUUUUCAUACCCCACUAGGCAGUUGCUCAUACCCUUUUCAUACCCCACUAGGCCGGUUGCUCAUACCAUUUUCAUACCCCACUAGGCCUGUUGCUCAUACCCUUCUCCUACCCCACUAGGCCUGUUGCUCAUACCCUUCUCCCACCCCACUAGGCCUGUUGCUCAUACCAUUUUCAUACCCCACUAGGCAGUUGCUCAUACCAUUUUCAUACCCCACUAGGCCUGUUGCUCAUACCAUUUUCAUACCCCACUAGGCAGUUGCUCAUACCAUUUUCAUACCCCACUAGGCCGGUUGCUCAUACCAUUUUCAUACCCCACUAGGCCUGUUGCUCAUACCAUUUUCAUACCCCACUAGGCAGUUGCUCAUACCAUUUUCAUACCCCACUAGGCCUGUUGCUCAUACCAUUUUCAUACCCCACUAGGCCUGUUGCUCAUACCAUUUUCAUACCCCACUAGGCAGUUGCUCAUACUAUUCUCAUACAUACCCCACCAGACAGAUGCUCAUACCCCACUAGGCAGGUGAUCAUACCAUUUUAAACCCGCCUACAUCUAUCAAUCCACUAGGUUGAACCAGUCUCCUACCCGCCUACAUCUAUUUACAUCUAUAAAUCCACUAGGUUGAACCAGUCUCCUACCCGCCUACAUCAGAAUCUAUUUACAUCUAUCAAUCCACUAGGUUGAACCAGUCUCCUACCCGCCUACAUCUAUUUACAUCUAUCAAUACACUAGGUUGAACCAGUCUCCUACCCGCCUACAUCUAUUUACAUCUAUCAAUACACUAGGUUGAACCAGUCUCCUACCCGCCUACAUCUAUUACAUCUAUCAAUCCACUAGGUUGAACCAGUCUCCUACCCGCCUACAUCUAUUUACAUCUUUCAAUCCACUAGGUUGAACCAGUCUCCUACCCGCCUACAUCUAUUUACAUCUAUCAAUGCACUAGGUUGAACCAGUCUCCUACCCGCCCAGUAUUAUCUGUAGGCUCAUUUUGUCCCCAUUUCCUCGUGCUGCUAAUGGACAUUUACAUCCAUUACGAUAUUGUUUGGGAUUUGUCGCUUCAUGUGCCAUGUCGUCGUGGAACGGAACUCCAGAAAGUAUUACACUUGUUAGUUCAUCGAUCUUUACCUGUCAGUUACAAUCUGUGUUGAUGUUUAUGUGUAUUUUUGCUCCUCUAAUCUGAACCAUGUGAUAACAUCGCCCACUCGGCCAGUAAGUAAAUCAAUUUACCAGCCGCGAUAUCACGAGUCCGUCACAGAAACGAGUUCCAAUGAAUGAACUGUAGCGUUGAGACGGUUACCAGCAGAGUUGAAGUCUUGAGACCCGCUGAGACUGGCGUGUGAUCCGACGUCAAGUCUAUUAAUAGCCAGAGUGUGUGGCAUGACGUCGACCAGGGCAUCUCAACCUGGGGUGCUCCCACUCCUGGUGGUGCAAAGUGGCAUUUCGAGAUGCGUUAGGAAAAGUGAUCAUGGGGUACAGAGUCGACCAUUGAGUUAUUCUCAUUGAUCUUUUCAUUAACAUUUUACUGUACGCAUUUAGUCACGUGAUUGUUUUCCUUCUGAGUUCUACAGUUCUCUUUGCAAUUCAAUUAUUUCAAUUUUUAAAACACAAAACAACCUCCCUCCAAAACAAACAAACAAACAAAAACAACAACAAACAAACAAACAAAACAAAAAAAGGUCAAUUUGUUUCCCAAGUUUAAAAUCCGUGGUUACUUUUGUAGUGGUACGUCACGUAGUAAAACAUAAUUUAGGGGCGGCAGAAUAUAGAAAAGGUUUGGGGACCCCUGGCGUAGACGAAUGGUGCAGUACAUAGAGAAUGGUGUAGUAAAUAAAGAAUGGUGUUGUACAUAAAGAAUGGUGUUGUACAUAAAGAAUGGUGUAGUACAUAAAGAAUGGUGCAGUACAUAGAGAAUGGUGUAGUAAAUAAAGAAUGGUGUUGUACAUAAAGAAUGGUGUUGUACAUAAAGAAUGGUGUAGUACAUAAAGAAUGGUGCAGUACAUAGAGAAUGGUGUAGUAAAUAAAGAAUGGUGUUGUACAUAAAGAAUGGUGUUGUACAUAAAGAAUGGUGUAGUACAUAAAGAAUGGUGUAGUAAAUAAAGAAUGGUGUUGUACAUAAAGAAUGGUGUAGUACAUAAAGAAAGGUCUAGUAUUAAUAAAGAAUGGUGUAGUACAUAAAGAAUGGUGUAGUACAUAAAGAAUGGUGUAGUACAUAAAGAAUGGUGUUGUACAUAAAGAAUGGUGUAGUACAUAAGGAAUGGUGUAGUACAUAAGGAAUGGUUUUGUACAUAAAGAAUGGUGCAGUACAUAAGGAAUGGUGCAGUGCAUAAGGAAUGGUGUUGUACAUAAAGAAUGGUGUUGUACAUAAAGAAUGGUGUAGUACAUAAAGAAUGGUGUUGUACAUAAAGAAUGGUGUAGUACAUAAGGAAUGGUGUAGUACAUAAGGAAUGGUGUUGUACAUAAAGAAUGGUGCAGUACAUAAGGAAUGGUGCAGUACAUAAGGAAUGGUGUUGUACAUAAAGAAUGGUGUUGUACAUAAAGAAUGGUGUUGUACAUAAGGAAUGGUGUUGUACCUAAGGAAUGGUGUAGUACAUAAGGAAUGGUGUUGUACAUAAAGAAUGGUGUUGUACAUAAGGAAUGGUGUUGUACAUAAGGAAUGGUGUAGUACAUAAGGAAUGGUGUUGUACAUAAAGAAAGGUCUAGUAUUAAUAAAGAAUGGUGUAGUACAUAAAGAAUGGUGUAGUACAUAAAGAAUGGUGUUGUACAUAAAGAAUGGUGUAGUACAUAAGGAAUGGUGCAGUACAUAAGGAAUGGUGCAGUGCAUAAGGAAUGGUGUUGUACAUAAAGAAUGGUGUUGUACAUAAAGAAUGGUGUAGUACAUAAAGAAUGGUGUUGUACAUAAAGAAUGGUGUAGUACAUAAGGAAUGGUGUAGUACAUAAGGAAUGGUGUUGUACAUAAAGAAUGGUGCAGUACAUAAGGAAUGGUGCAGUACAUAAGGAAUGGUGUUGUACAUAAAGAAUGGUGUUGUACAUAAAGAAUGGUGUUGUACAUAAGGAAUGGUGUUGUACAUAAGGAAUGGUGUAGUACAUAAGGAAUGGUGUUGUACAUAAAGAAUGGUGUUGUACAUAAGGAAUGGUGUUGUACAUAAGGAAUGGUGUAGUACAUAAAGAAUGGUCUAGUAAUAAUCUGAAUGGUGUUGUUUGAUUUUGACGCUCUGCUAAGGUUUUUUUAUCUCAAUAUGAGGCUUUUGUUCCAAUUGGGAUUCGGUGAAGACUUUUAUAGAAUGUAUCCCCCGAUCCAACGUCUCCCACCAUUGUGUUCUCAGAUGUAAGGUUUAUUACAGUUGGUCGUUUUCCCAAUAGCAAUACAUUUAUAUUUAUAACCUGCUCGUUACUCAAUCUCCUAACGGCAACUCUGUCUCCUGACGGCAGCUCAAUCUCCUGACGACAGCUCAAUCUCCUUACGGCAACUCAGUCUCCUGACGGUAGCUCAAUCUCCUUACGGUAACUCAGUCUCCUGACGGUAGCUCAAUCUCCUUACGGCAACUCAGUCUCCGUACGGUAGCUCAAUCUCCUGACGACAGCUCAAUCUCAUAACGACAGCUCAAUCUCCUGACGGCAGCUCAAUCUCCUGACGACAACUCAAUCUCCUGAUGGCAGCUCAAUCUCCUGACGCCAGCUCAAUCUCCUCAAAGCUCAAUCUCCUUACAGCUCAAUCUCCUGGCGCCCCAUACUCCUGACGGUCUUUUCAAAUAUAAACUAUACGUGAGAAAUUUUUCAACGGUUAUGUUUAACAAGUACAAAUGGGGAAACCACUCCUAUAGGUCUAAACGCUCAAUGUGUAAUGCGUCUAGCUUGCAACAACCCAGGCCAGGUCCAAGUUUUACUAUCUCCAGCAUGGACAAGAGCUCUAGCUUGUAACAACCCAGGCCAGGUCCAAGUUUUACUAUCUUCAGCAUGGACAAGAGCUCUAGCUUGUAACAACCCAGGCCAGGUCCAAGUUUUACUAUCUCCAGCAUGGACAAGAGCUCUAGCUUGCAACAACCCAGGCCAGGUCCAAGUUUUACUAUCUCCAGCAUGGACAAGAGCUCUAGCUUGUAACAACCCAGGCCAGGUCCAAGUUUUACUAUCUCCAGCAUGGACAAGAGCUCUAGCUUGUAACAACCCAGGCCAGGUCCAAGUUUUACUAUCUCCAGCAUGGACAAGAGCUCUAGCUUGUAACAACCCAGGCCAGGUCCAAGUUUUACUAUCUCCAGCAUGGACAAGAGCUCUAGCUUGUAACAACCCAGGCCAGGUCCAAGUUUUACUAUCUCCAGCAUGGACAAGAGCUCUAGCUUGUAACAACCCAGGCCAGGUCCAAGUUUUACUAUCUCCAGCAUGGACAAGAGCUCUAGCUUGUAACAACCCAGGCCAGGUCCAAGUUUUACUAUCUCCAGCAUGGACAAGAGCUCUAGCUUGUAACAACCCAGGCCAGGUCCAAGUUUUACUAUCUCCAGCAUGGACAAGAGCUCUAGCUUGCAACAACCCAGGCCAGGUCCAAGUUUUACUAUUUCCAGCAUGGACAAGAGCUGAAUGUCGGUAAUACUAUUGUACAAACAAAUCCAGCCACAUAUCUUUGGUUGAGAUGCGAAGACGUCAUCUUUCUAACUGAAAAUGCACUGUUCAUUCGCCUCAGUACGUCUGUAUGCCACUGCUCAUUUGUCUCAGUACUUCUGAAUGGCACUCUUCAUUUGUCUCAGUACUUCUGAAUGGCACUGUUCAUUCGUCUCAGUACUCUUGAAUGGCACUGUGCAUUCGUCUCAUCACUUCUGUGUGGCACUGUGCAUUCGUCUCAGUGCAUCUGAAUGGCACACACAUCACAUUAGAACGCCUUUUCACCAUUGCCAUGUCCACUCCCAUUAAACACAGUUGUCCCAUCGCUGUUUCAUAUUCACCGCCAUUAAUAAAACAAACAAACCAAAAGAAAACAACACGACGCCCAAAUGUUAGGGCCCCGACCCAAUGUUGACAGGAGAAAUCCCACUGGAUCGUUUGUCCGUAAAGCGCAAAUAUUUCAUGAUCUCUCGGGGAUCGAUAUCGCGUUGUUUCCUUGUAUAGGGGGUCCUAGGUGGACGCAGGAGAUCCGUUCCUACGGCGUGACGUCACAGGAUUUUGCCGAAGAUGGAACCCACCUACAUGACACUCACGUCACUCACAUGGAGCACACACACACAUACACAAACGACACAUUUAUGGGGGGUGGCGACGAAACCACAAAACGCCUGGAGUCGCGUCCGUCGUAAUUGAGGACCCACUGUAGUUGACGCAAUACCUAAAGCGAUACCUGACUUGCUACUUACACGAUACCAGACACGAUACCUCACACGCCUCACUUACAUGAAUAUUGAAUUAGUGUCUCUGAUACAAAAGGGUGACAAAUAGCCCGCAAAUUACCUUUGUGUAAUCGGUACCUGCCCAUGUUAAUCUCGUAACGACCACCGCCAUCUUUCUACAGCAGCAGAUCAUAACGACGACCGCCAUCUUUCUAAAGCGACCACCGCCAUCUUUCUACAGCAGCAGAUUAAAUUUAAUUUUUUGUGGCAAACAGAACGGGAGAUGAAUUGAAACCAACCCCGUAUUUUCUGCUCAUGAACUAGGCAUUCGUGGAAACACAAAGGGAAAUCUGAAAUCCGACCCGGCAGCCAUUGUUUUUGAUUGUUAUUUUCCCUGACCACCUCAUUUCGCCACACGAGAUUGCUUGAUAUGAUUCAAUGUGGCCUUGACACGCCUGCACGGCGUUUGUCACGUGAUGUGUUGAGAUUGAUGACGUAGGAUUAACUCCUGUUAAACCCCCACUGAAUUGAUGUGUCACAUGACGCCUGCGUUUUGGAUCUCAGGGUCAGAAUGCCAAGUUGAAGGGGUCGGGCAUUGGGGAUCGAGAUCACUGGGCCCGGAGUUGACCUCUCAUAACAGGGUUUCUCAAACUUGUGUCUCCGUCACCCUGUUAUUUUUAUACUUCUCCUUCGCGACCCAUUAAGAUCUGUAUCGCCUGUACCGGCAUAUAGCAAUAUGGAACAGAUAGGACUGUCCACACUGCUUUCCUAUGCCUAUUAUAAUAAUAAAGCAUUGACUCAUCCAAGACUAAAGAAAUCCAAGUUAACAAACAUUGAUCAAUAGUUCGUCACGAUUAUCUGACCUAGAUUUUCAAACUUUUUUUUUUUUUUUCUUCUUUCGUCGACCCGGAAAAUUUGCUUUUGUGGCCCGGUGCCGGGUCCCAGACCCGGCAUUAGAGAAACACUGUCUUAGAAGAAAGUUUACCGGUUUAUUUAAAAUGUGCAGAGUUGCCUGAGCAAAGUUGGCACGAUUCUCCUGUCUUGUAUCCGAUGAAAUCAGUGUAGGUGAAGGGCCGUGCAUAGAUUAUAUAACGAGAACAGGUGUGGGGUGGAGGGGUGGGGUGGAUUUUAUCCCAUUAUGUUCUAUUGUGAUCCAUGGGAUGGAGGUAGUUUAUCCCAUUAUGUUCUAUUGUGAUCCAUGGGAUGGAGGUAGUCGAGAGCAAUGUUAUAGAAGGAUUUUUUUCUAUUUCUUUUUCUUGAUUAAUUCUUACUUUCAAAAUAUUUCUGAUUUGAACAUUUGCGAAAAUAGCUGAUAGUAUUUGAACAUUAAAAUGUAUCUUUUACAUACAAUUUACUAUACGUAGCAUAUUUUGUCAAAAUAAUACUAAUUUCUGGCUCUUUGCUUCAAAUUUGCUCGUUUCGACUUGUUUUUUUGGGGACUUUACUGGGGAAAAGGGGGGGGGUGGCGUGCAAGAAAUGAUAUAAUAUUAGGGGAGGGGGGUUCCAUUGAAAUGUUUUAUAGUUAUAAGAGCAAGGGGUGUGUCAACAAUGUUAUAUUUUUGUGUUACAUAAUAUGUGCUCGGCCACUCUGCAGUUGAAUACUGGUAAAACACUGGUACAAUAAUGGUAAAAUACCGGUGCAAUACAUGAGGGGGGGGGGGGACUGCCACCAGGUUAGCCAAAAAGGCAAUGGAUGAAACAAAGUCUGUGGGAAAGCUGAGAAGAAAAAACAACACAAUACAAAGUUAUUUUUUUUGCGCUCUUUCUCUCCCUCUCUCUCUCCCUCUCUCUCUCUCCCUCUCUCCCUCUCUCUCUCUGCCUCUCUCUCUUUCUCUCUCUCUCACUCUCUCUCUCCCUCUCUCUCUCUCCCUCUCUCUCUCUCUCUCUCUCUCUCUCCCCCUCCCCCCUUUUUCCAGGUUAUCCCCAGACUUUGUUUCAUUCAUUUCCGUGGUGUAAUACUUCAAGUGUGCAUGUAGGAUAUACAGUUGAACACGUGUGUCAGUGCACAGUUGAGUACAACGUGUGUUUAAGUGAGCAUUUGAAUACACCAUGUGUGUAGGUGGACAGUUGAAUACACCAUGUGUGUAGGUGGACAGUUGAAUACACCAUGUGUGUAGGUGGACAGUUGAAUACACCAUGUGUGUAGGUGGACAGUUGAAUACACCAUGUGUGUAGGUGGACAGUUGAAUACACGAUGUGUGUAGGUGGACAGUUGCAUACAGCAUGUGUGUAGGUGGACAGUUGAAUACAGCAUGUGUGUAGGUGGACAGUUGAAUACACCAUGUGUGUAGGUGGACAGUUGAAUACAGCAUGUGUGUAGGUGGACAGUUGAAUACAGCAUGUGUGUUGGUUGAAAGUUGAAUACAGCAUGUGUGUAGUUGGACAUUUGAAUACACCAUGUGUGUUGGUGGAAAGUUGAAUACAGCAUGUGUGUAGGUGGACAGUUGACUACAGCAUGUGUGUAGGUGGACAGUUGAAUACUGCAUGUGUGUUGGUGGAAAGUUGAAUACAGCAUGUGUGUAGGUGGACAGUUGAAUACAGCAUGUGUGUAGGUGGACAGUUGACUACAGCAUGUGUGUAGGUGGACAUUUGAAUACAGCAUGUGUGUAGGGGGACAGUUGAAUACAAGACACGUGUUGGAAUAAUACAGUUGAACACUUGUGUAUGCCAACGGUUGAAUACAGCAAGUGUGUAACUUGUAAGAUAUACAGUUGAACCCGUGUGUAUGCCAACGGUUGAAUACAGCACGUGUGUAACUUGUAACAUAUACAGUUGAACACAACACAUGUGUGUAUGAAUAAUACAGUUGAACACGUGUGGAAGUAAGCAGUCACAAACAAUAUGUGUGUGGGUAAAUAGUUCAAUGCAACACCUGUGAAGGUUACACAGUAGAAUACCAGAUGUGUCAUUCCAUGAAUCACAUCCUAACAUUUAUAAACGGUCAUCUAUCGCGCCCAAAACCUUUCUAUUAUCUCUGGCCCCCAAAACCUUUCUAUUAUCUCUGGCCCCCAAAACCUUUCUAUUAUCUCUGGCCCCCAAAACCUUUCUCUUAUCUCUGGCCCCCAAAACCUUUCUAUUAUCUCUGGCCCCCAAAACCUUUCUAUUAUCUCUGGCCCCCAAAACCUCUCUAUUAAUCAACUUGGCCAUUUAAAAAUGCCCCCACCCCUUGUUUCUUUGAUUGGUCUAAAGAAUCUUGGGGGUACUCGACUUUCAUAGAACAACCUCUUCCCCCCCCCACCACCCCCAUUCCCUUAAACCUGUUUUGACUCUAUGUCACAAUGACGUCCUCCUGGGGGCUCCUAACAUUCCAUCAUUUUGGCAAAGGAUUCUCGCUAUAAAAUGGAUGUCGUUACUUGUGGCGGACUAAAUCUUUGGCCUGCAAUUAAAUUCAACAAAAUUAUCCACCUGGCUGGAACAUCCGCGCUACAAAGACACAAGAACAUGCAUUGACACUGACCCGGGACUUAAAGUCUUUGUAUUUGGUCAAAAGUAACUAAUGAAUGUCUUAACCUGAUAAUAUUUGUUUAACUUUGAUGCCCCUGUGAAUCUCUGGGUUUAAAUUUGAUGCCCUUGUGAGUCGCUGGGUUUAACUUAGAUCCCCUUGUGUAUCUCUGAGUUUAACUUUGAUGCCCCUGUGAAUCUCUGGGUUUAAAUUUGAUGCCCUUGUGAGUCUAUGGGUUUAACUUUGAUUCCCUUGUGUAUCUCUAAGUUUAACUUUGAUGCACCUGUGAAUCUCUGGGUUUAACUUUGAUGCCCUGUGAGUAUCUGGGUUUAACUUUGAUCCCCUUGUGUAUCUCUGGGUUUAAUUUUGAUGCCCCUGUAAAUCUCUGGAUUUAACUUUGAUGCCCUGGAGAGUAUCUGGGUUUAACUCUGAUCCUCUUGUUUAUCUCUGGGUUUAACUUUGAUGCCCCUGUGAAUCUUUGGAUUUAUUUUUGAUGUCCCGGUGAAUCUCUGGGUUUAACUUUGAUGCCCCUGUGCAUCUCUGGGUUUAAGUCUCUCCAACAUUUAGCACGUCUCCAUUGCUAUAGAACAGGGUCAAGUGCUUGUCAUUUUAAAGCAACGGCUCUUAACCUGUGGGUCGUGACCUCUUUGGGGGGUCGAACAACCCUUUCCCAGGGGUCGCCUAAGAUCAUAACACAAAUACUCUACAGUUACGAAGUAGCAACGAAAAUUAUUUUGUGGUUGGGGGUCGCCACAACUUGAGAAACUGUAUCAAAGGGUCGCGGCAUUAGGAAGGUUGAGAACCACUGUUUUCAAGUCCAAGCGGAAAUGACUUUUCCCAUGUUAUAACACAGGAGCCGUAAAACUAGCACCGGAGGGCAAUUUUAGUUCAACAGAGUCUAAGACUCCACAUUGCACUAUUCAUGGACAAGCAUUGUGUGGAACAUACAUAAGGAUUUAUCGUCUUUCUCCUCAUUGCACUGUUCAUGGACAAGCAUUGUGUGGAACAUAUUUGGAUUUAUCGUCUGUCAUGAAACAUUCGAUUUUAAUAGUGAACUUCAUUUGCUCCCAUGCCCCCCAUUAUUGUCCGGUCGGCGAAACUAUGACUAAAAGCACUCAAAGCGGAAGAUGCCUACGUCACAUAGCACACUUGAGACAAGUGGCUUAGUUGGGAGAGAGUUUCGUCGCCAUUUACCCCCCCCCUCAAAACGAGAGCUGAAAUUGAGAUUAUAUAAAAUGGGAAAAAAUUCCAUGAAUUGUUUUAUUUUGUAAACUUUGGAGAUGAGCCUCCCCCCCCCCCCCCCCCAAAUUAGGUUUGACCAGACAUGUGAACGAAUUGAAUCUUCGGUUGCGAGGCCAAACCCCGCUUGUCUCCGCAUGUCGACCGAUAGGAAGGCAUUGACCAAAACAAAAAAAACAAAAAAAUUCUUGACGGGUCCAAGUGGAGGGGGAGAUAAUGCACUGAAUUCUCACAACAGGCAAAAAGUUCAUUGUGACCUAAGAUAACAGAUUCUGGGAUAUUUGACGCAUCGCCAUCACCAUUUCGCCCACGACCAUUUCGCCCAAGGUUUAAAUGUGUGUGUGAGUUUGUCUGUCAGCCCCUUCCUACUGGAUUUAUGGGAAUAAACCUUUUUUAAUUUUAAAGUUACAUUUUUGUUGUUGUUGCAAUUUUAGUGCCCCCCCCCCAUUUUUCCUCCUGUCAAAUACUUGAGAGUCGGUGUGUAUGUGUGUGGGGGGGGGGGAUUUGUAUGACAUAAUAUUUUAUUUGAUCUUUCGUGGUUGUGGCUUGGCUCUCAAAAUAUCGUGGUUGUGGCUUGGCUCUCAAAAUAUCGUGGUUGUGUCUUGGCUCCCAAAGUAUCGUGGUUGUGGCUUGGCUCACAAAGUAGCGUGGUUGUGGCUUGGCCCUCAAAAUAUCGUGGUUGUGGCUUGUCUCACAAAGUAUCGUGGUUGUGGCUUGGCUCUCAAAAAAGCUAUGACCCCCCCCCCCCCAUAUGUGACAGUGAAUUCUUUCUAUGCCCCAGCCCUAUUUUUUUAAAUAUGAGACAAUAAAUUGUUUUAAUGGCCCACCCUACGCAUGAGACAAUAAAUUGUUUUAAUGGCCCACCCUACGCAUGAGACAAUAAAUUGUUUUAAUGGCCCACCCUACGCAUGAGACAAUAAAUUGUUUUAAUGGCCCACCCUACGCAUGAGACAAUAAAUUGUUUUAAUGGCCCACCCUACGCAUGAGACAAUAAAUUGUUUUAAUGGCCCACCCUACGCAUGAGACAAUAAAUUGUUUUAAUGGCCCACCCUACGCAUGAGACAAUAAAUUGUUUUAAUGGCCCACCCUACGCAUGAGACAAUAAAUUGUUUUAAUGGCCCACCCUACGCAUGAGACAAUAAAUUGUUUUAAUGGCCCACCCUACGCAUGAGACAAUAAAUUGUUUUAAUGGCCCACCCUACGCAUGAGACAAUAAAUUGUUUUAAUGGCCCACCCUACGCAUGAGACAAUAAAUUGUUUUAAUGGCCCACCCUACGCAUGAGACAAUAAAUUGUUUUAAUGGCCCACCCUACGCAUGAGACAAUAAAUUGUUUUAAUGGCCCACCCUACGCAUGAGACAAUAAAUUGUUUUAAUGGCCCACCCUACGCAUGAGACAAUAAAUUGUUUUAAUGGCCCACCCUACGCAUGAGACAAUAAAUUGUUUUAAUGGCCCACCCUACGCAUGAGAGAAUAAAGAGAGGGCGAGUCCGGAUAACCAACUUUUCGGUUAAUCAACGUCCUACUGUAGACUUUCUAAUUGUUUAACACUAUUUUAACAACCUCUAAAACUAUAGUAAUCAAUUUUGCGUUGAAAUGAUGUCUACAUCUUUGUUGGUCAAUUGGCCGUCGGCGAAUCGGUGGUGGGGAAGUUACGGUGGCGAAUGGUCCCUCCCACCCCAACCCCCACCCCCAGGUUCGGAAAAGUUUUUUUCUAUCUGGAUAAUAGUUUUUUUGUUUUUUUUAAUAAUUAAAUAAUUCGAGUCUUCCCAAACCAGUUAGAUGGUUGUUGUUUUGUGUUUGUUUCUUGUGUUGUUGUGUUAUGAUCUGUUGGCCGAACUUGCCAUGCAGGUGAUUGAUCUGAAAUGCAAUAGGUUGAAAGAGAUGUCCAAAAAAAGAUGAAAUUCAUGGAGGUGUCUGACACGCGACCAAUGGCUCGUCGUUUGAAAGUGACCUGCUGGUGAAUUCGUCCCAGGCGUCGGCCCUGCGUGCUUGUGUGAGGAGACAUUAACAUUAAACAUGUUUUCCCUUGCCUUGUGUCAUAUAUUUCCAGAAGUUACGUAGCCGGUUUUGCCAGUGGCCUGUGUGGCAGGUUUUGCCAGCGAUAAUGAUAGCUAAUAAGGUAAACGGUGCGCCCCCCCCCCCCCCCCCCCGAUUGUGUUGUUUUAUUAUUAACCUUGGAUCAGUCAUUAAAAAAUAAGUAGUACAUAUUUUACAGAUAUUUUUUUGAAAAAAAGUAUUUAUUUUAAGGUACCAUUGCUAUUUGGCCGUCAGUAACCAUUUGGCCGUCAGUAACCAUUUUGCCGUCAGUAACCAUUUGGCCGUCAGUAAACAUUUGGCCGUCAGUUAACAUUUGGCCGUCAGUAACCAUUUGGCCGAGAGUAACUAUUUGGCCGUCAGUAACAAUUUGGCCGUCAGUAACAAUUUGGCCGUCAGUAACAAUUUGGCCGUCAGUAACUAUUUAUCCGUCAGUGGCAGAUUCUGAAAGAGGGAGGAAGGGUGCCUUAGUUUGUCUGCCUUAAUAAGUCCACCUUAGUUUGUCUGCCUUAAUAUGUCUGCCUUAGUUUGUCUGCCAUAUUAUGUAUACAUCAGUAUUUCUGCUUUAGUAUGUCUACAUCAGUAUUUCUCAGCCUUACUACAGAGGCGUAGCGAAGGGGGGCGGGGGGACAGAUGUCCCCGGGCGCCAUCCAGUUAGGGGCCCAGAAUGUGCUUUGAUAUUAUUUUAUUGAUUGAAAUAAUUAGUUUGAGAGUUGAAAAAAGGAAAGUUGGCGCUUUAAAAUGGAUCUUUCCCCCGGCGCAAAUCACUCUAGCUACGCCUCUGCCUCAGUAUGCCUGCUUUAGUUUGUCUGCUUUAGUUUGUCUACCUCAGUAUGCCUACCUCAGUAUUUCUGCCUUAGUAUGUCUCCCUUCGUAUGUCUGCCUCAGUAUGUCUGUCUUAGAAUACCCAUUGUUCCCAACACUCUAAAUUAUUAUUUUUUGACCUAACACUACCUGAAAAAUUUAGGAGAUUAACCGAAAUACAGAGUCAGAUGUAUCCUAUACUCUCUGCUUACAGCAAGGCUGCCUAACAUGGGGCGCUCGCACCCCAUUGGAUGCAAAGGGAUAAUUGAGGGAUGCGAGAAAGAGUUGGGGUUUUUUUUCUUUCUUUUUUUUUUUUUUCUAUUUUAAAAUGCAUUGUAACUGUUGCAGAGGCUGCGUGACGUAGUCAAGCUGAAAGAUUUGGGGUUUUUUUUCUUUUUUUUUUUUUUUUUUCUAUUUUAAAAUGCAUUGUAACUGUUGCAGAGGCUGCGUGACGUAGUCAAGCCACCUGUUCAACCCAAAAUACCAUAGUCACGGGAAGGCUAUUUUUAGCUCCCCACCCUAUGCCAUGCCAGAUAGUCCUUGCAUCAUCAUCAUCAUCUUCAACAUCUUAUCUUUUUUAUCUUUUAUUGAAUUUAGACGACAUAGUUUAUUUAAGUUCUUUUGUAAACCACGUGACACGAGCUGUGAUCAUUAAACAUUACAAAUAGCGCGUGGUGUGGUUACGAUGCUUCAUCCAAGUAUACAACAUCAGAGACGAACAAAUAAAUUAAAAUCGAUUUCAGCAGUACACCGGUUGCUUUAAGGAUAGCUUCAUACCGGUGUACUGCUGAAAUGUGUCCAGUAAAUGUGUCCCUUACAGGCAAGCAAUAUGGAGCAAAGCACCGCAUGGUGAACGUUAAACUUCAUUACGUUAUUUGGUAUAUUUUUGUUUUCUUAGUGGUGGUGUGCUGCCGAAUUAUCGGAAAUGCCUUAGGUGUGCCGCGAGAGAAAAAAUGGUUACAGAGCUCUGAUUUACAGGACUUAAUUGAUUUCAAUUAUUUUUCCUGAUUUCUUUUUGUUUUUAUUCCCUUCAAAGGCAAAGUCAUACUUUUUGGGUUGGUAAUCUAAUUAUAACGUAUUUGAAAUUGAGAUCCUCUGUAAGAAUGGAACUUUGAAAAGAGGUUGCCAGUGGCUAAAGUAUUGUGGGGAAACUACUGAAUGACUCAGGGGAUGAUGUGGUUAGAAAAAGACUUGGUAGCAAUGACGUACUGCAGUAAUCAAGUAAUGCAGUAAUCAAGUAGAGCAUCAUCAUUGUUGUGGUGAAGUAUUUAUCUGGUAUUGAUUGCUUUCUUAUUUCAUGACGUCAUGUCAUAGCUGUCAGUUCAGAAAUCUGGUAUUGUACUGGAACAAACUGGUAUAUAAAGACAGAGUUUGGACUGGACCUAACUGGUAUAUAAAGGCAGAGUUUGUACUGGAACUAACUGGUAUAUAAAGACAGAGUUUGGACUGGAACUAACUGGUAUAUAAAGGCAGAGUUUGGACUGGACCUAACUGGUAUAUAAAGGCAGAGUCCAAGAAUUUAGAAGUAAUACUAAUAGGUGAUUGUGACCUUUGGGUUUCUUUGGUGACCUUUGGUUUCUUUGGUGACCCAUUCAUUGACGCACUGGCUGACACAAUACAAAGUUCUAGUAGCUACUCCCGCUGGAGUUUGAUCUUAGUGGUGAAAUUGGUUACACUGUGAGAAUAACCGAACAUACUGAGUUUUUUUUUAAAUGAACACAUGACCUACGUGACAGCUGUCAUGUUUUUGUACAUGAAAUCAGUAAUAUCAAUGAAUUUUUUAAAAAGUAAUUAAGCGCUAUAGAAAACACAGAUGCGCAGCGAGCUAGUACAAACUAUUACAAACUGGUAAAAACUAGUACAAACUCGAACAAAUUAGAGAAAGAUGGAGUGCACCUCAAAGGGACAUAAUUCGUUUGCAAACUGUUUACAAAUCAUUAUGGGUAGCCCUACAUCCCUCCAAACAAACAAACAAACCUUCUCUAUGUAGGCCUUUGUAAGGUGGUGAAACAGCAAUAAGGGAAAUAAGCGUUAUGCUAAACUAUAUUCAAGUGUGCCUAAGUCGACAAUUUUACUUGUGAUUUUCAGAUUGUAGAGCUGGUUGAAUCUCCCUAAGACGUAAGAAUGGGUUUCUUCUCUGGAUGUGUCAGACUCUUGUUCAUUGUCUUCAACUUCAUUUUCUGGGUAAGUUUGUUUACAGUCAAAAACUCAAUGGUUAACGGAGUGCUCAAUGAUAAUAGUAGAGUCAUUAUGACGAAAAAAAUGUGGCAAAGGUUAUAGUGAUAUUGUUAUAAGCAGUGUCAACUGAAUGUUCAUAGAUAUUGUAGGGCUUUUCAAUUGUCAUACAAUCAUAGCAGCAUAUUAUUUCAUAUUGGUAUCUAUGUAUUUAAAAUAUUAAACAAAAAUGAUUCUUGGUUAUAUAUAUAUAUGUAUUAUUUGACAUAAUGGAAAGAAAAUUGUCUCUGUUUAAUUAUAAAACAUUAUUUUAAAAGAUUUUUAAAAAAUUUCUGUCUUCAUUUCAUUAAAAAAAGAUUUUUUUAAACAGUUCUCUGUUUCAGUUGUGUUUAGAAUAAUUUUUUUACAGUAUAACUUUAUUGUUUUCACAACACAAAUGAACACUCUGAUUUAUUGACAGUUGUCUGGCGCUGCCAUUUUGGGUGUGGGGAUAUGGAUUCUGGUAGAUCCACAACUCAAAGAAUACAUGAAAGUCAUCAAGGACGGCACCCAGGAUGAAGAGUUCCUCAAGAUAUCGGCAUACAUUCUCAUAGGCUUUGGAACGUUUGUAUUUCUGGUGGGAUUUUGCGGUUGCUGCGGUGCCAUUCGCAGUAGCAAGUGUCUGCUUGGAUUUGUGAGUUCUACCAAUUUAAGGACACAAUAUUAAUUGAUAGCAGUUCUUCUAUUUCAUAACAACUUCCGAUUAAAAUAACACUUGUGUACAUUACUAGCCAUUACUUAUUUCAUACUAACUUUUGAUUGGUUACUUAUUUCAUACUAACUUUUGAUUGGUUACUUAUUUCAUACUAACUUUUGAUUGGUUACUUAUUUCAUACCAACUUUUGGUUGGUUAAAAUAACUCUUGGCUCUUUAAAUACCGGUAGUAUGUGAGAGAGAUAAUUGAAAGACACAAGUUUGGCCUGUUAACAUAAUAUGUGUUGAAGCUGCACUUCUGACAAACAACAUAAUCAGUGUUUGGCUAAAAACUUUCUCAGUAGACACAAUUUGUAUAGAUUAUACUUAAAUUUAUUCCAUGACAUAUAAUGUACAAUAAAUAAUCAUUACAAGAAUGAAAUAAGAGCUAAAAUGGCCGAGCAGGGAGCGGCCUCAACAGCAGGUAGCGGGCCACUAGGCUUAAAAAAUAAUAUCAAUCGGAAAAAUUAUGAUAAAAUAAAUAACUAUUGAAACAAAAACCUAUCUUUGUAACCAAUAGGUGACUUCAUGAAGUAGUUACAUACAGCUAUAUCAUUAUUUCUAUACCUAUCUUUGUAACCAAUAAGUGACUUCAUGAAUUAGCUACAUCUAGCUAUAUCAUUAUUUCUAUACCUGUCUUUGUAACAAAUAAGUGACUUCAUGAAGUAGCUACAUCCAGCUAUAUCAUUAUUUCUAUACCUGUCUUUGUAACCAAUAAGUGACUUCAUUAAGUAGCUACAUCCAGCUCUAUCAUUAUUUCUAUUAUCAUUAUUUCUGUGUCAAACAUGCCCUUGACGUGGUUUCAUCUGUCUGCCUCCACAGUAUAUCUUCUGCCUGGUCUGUGUUUUUGCUGGAGAACUGGCUGCUGGCAUCUAUGUGGCAGUCUUUAAAAAUGAUGUGAGUUUAUCAGUCUGUGUUUACCUUGUCGUAUCAUUUUUUUUGUUUUUCUUACAGAAUAUUUGAUUCAGUUAAUAUUAAUGAUGUCUUUCUUAAUCCAAACAUUUUCCUGCUUAGCUAUCUCUACAUUACCUUGUAUGAGAUAACUGAGGUUUUUUUUGUGAGACAGAGAGGGAUUGAAAUUUAUGCCAAUUGGUUCUUGUAAAGAAUUUCACUGCAUGUUUUUGUGCUGACAUUGUCUAGGGUAUGACUCUUACACCGGUGGGCAAGAAGAACACUUGACACAAAAUCAUUCCCAAUUCGAAUAAUUUAAAGUUUAUCACACUUACUACAUUAAUUCAUGGUUUCAUCUGUACUAACGCAAUUAAUCCAAUAAGUACAGUACGUUUCACUAACAAACUUAGCCAAAAAACUAUGUACUAAAGAGAUCACAUGACUACACUGUUUUCUCUCUCACUCUCUUAAUCGUUGCUGCUCCUCCCUCCCCCCUCCUCCCCCACCAACUCAACCAAACGCUCGCCCCCUUUGGUCACACAAGUUCCUAUUCCAGCCACUUUUUUUUCCACACUCACGCCUGGACUACUUUCAAAAAAUGACUUACUAACCUAUCAUCAGGGAUUCUCACCUUGUCGAAGCUUAAAGCUUGGGAAACCAGCAGUGAAAAUUAUGAACCAAUGAAGCAACAAUUUGAUUUUGAAAAACUACCUAAUAUAAUAUUAUUUGAAAAUUUUCAGAUUGAUGGCAAACUUAACAAGGGCUUGGUGGACUCCAUCAAAAAGAAUUACUUUGGAGAGAUGGGUCCGACAUGGGACAUUAUUCAGAAAGAAGUAAGAACGUAGAACUGGGGUGUUUUAACUGUUGGGCACAAAAUUAACAUAGAAAUUAGAAUGAAAAAAUUUAUUUUGUUACCUCCAAAACUCAUGUUUCAUGCAACUAAAGGUAACUGAUGGCAAGUAAGGUAACUAAAGGUAAUUUAACUCAAUAAUUUUGUGUUGAUAGUAUUUAGAACAUUACAAGAGCUUGAUGUCUAAUAUUUAUUCAUUAACAUAAAAAAACUCCCAUCCAUCAAGCUAUCUAAUAAAAGGUCUUUGAACAAGACAUAGAAAGGCCCAAAAGUCAUUUGGUCUUGUGACCUCAGAGUAAUACCUCUUUUUUUGCCAUUUUCUAGUUAUUAAGAAGACUUUAUUAGCAUAAAAUCUGAUUGAAUUUUCUUCCUACUUAACAAUUACCUGCCGUAGAGGGCUGAUGAUCAAUUCUGUAUUGAUAAAAAUAUCUCUUGUGAGUGAACCUUCCUCGACCUACCUCUUUUACUAGGCACCUAGGGAACAUUUUAAAAUAGAAUAAUAAUUUUAUUAUAAAUUAAAUAAUCAUCUGUUUCAGCUCAAGUGCUGCGGUGGAAACUCUUAUUUGGACUAUGAAAACAGCACAUGGGCCCGCAAUCAAACCAAUGUGAGUAACUGGUUCGUGACUGGCCCAGGAAAUAUUAAGAAAAGAUAAAUCUAUUCCUCUCCUUCAGCUUCUCGGAUGAACAUUUACACAAACCUUGAUUCACAAGUAUUUAAUACUAUGUAUUCCAUUUGCCACUAAUCUGAAUUGAACUGGACCACGUAAAGCUGUUGAAAUAGAAUUUAUUGAUGCAUUAAUUAAAAAGGUUUAUAGUGUAUCAUAGUUGUUCCUGGUCCUCACUUUCAUGUAAUCAAAGAGUUGUAGAAAACACGCUUAAGAAAUGUAAACAUAUCAUAUAAUGUAGAUUAUGCAUUGCCCUACUAACUGCAGAGAUCAUACAUUCUUACAGGGAGCCAAGGUUCCAUUGAGCUGUUGCGUUCUGGAAAAGGAAAAGCCAAUUAAUGAAACUCUCUGUCAGCAGACCAAAGAAAAUUAUUUUUAUUCUAAGGUAAUUUAUCUUGAAAAAACAAAAAAUAUAAUGUGUUUAAAUCUUCCUUGGGGUCUUCAGAUUAAAGAUCUAUGUUUUUAAAUUAUAAUGUUAUCAAUAAAGUGUGAUGAUAAGCUAUCUGGUGUAUGAGAAAUAUGACAUCAUUGCCAUCAGACAUUUAACACUAUUAUUUUGUUUUCAUAGAACUUAAUAACUUGAGCUGUUUUGAGGAAUUCAAAAGGAGCUGCCCGUUGAUUGUUACGUCUUCACUAACUAAAUGCUGACCUCAUCUCUGUGACUAAAUUUUUCUCCCAUUUGCUCUGUUAAUAGAUUUCCGCCAUUAAAUGACAAGCCCUUUAACUCUGGUUAGAAGUAACAAUUAAAUUUAAUUGAAAAUUUUGUGUAUAUUUAGGGUUGCCGUGAAGCCUUGUUAGACUGGGUGAACAGUCACAGUGCUAUUCUCAUUGGUGUUGGUUGUGGUAUUGCAGCCCUGGAGGUAUGUUACACUACAAUAAAUAUGUGUAGAGGAUUACGGUUGUUUCUUUGUGUCACACAGAUAGCUCUUUAUCUCUUUGAUAUCAUGAUGGCUUUUUCUUUUAAUAUUUACAAGGUUUGUACAACUUUGAGAGUGAAAAUAUUUCAUCAUCAGCUGACCACAGUGAAAUAAACAAAAUAACUUAUAUCAGGAAUCAGAAAAAUAUGAAAUUUAAUCAUUUUCAAAAUGGCAGACUUGUUAGGUCAUUUAUUAGAUUAGAGUUGUAAAAGCACUGCAUGUGAAUCAAGGUAAUAUAAAAAAAAUCUGGACUAACUACAGUAAGUCCAGAUUUACUGUAGGAUAAUUAGCUUUAAAAAAUAUCUUGGAACUAUUCUUCCAGUUCUGUGAGAAAAAAAAAUCUACACCAUAAAAAUAAUGUUAAAUUUGGCUAUGUAAGGUAACAUUAUUUAUAUAAACUUGUAAGGUAACAUUAUUUAUAUAAACUUAUUUUGACAGAUCAUUGGUCUCAUCUGUGCCAUCUGCUUCUGUCGUCACAUCGACAGAGAAAAGUAUGACAGCAAUUAGGACAUCUCAGAGAGUUUUUACCUUCAUCUGCUAGCAGUGGACUUGUGAAGUGUCUGGGAUAGUUGAUGUAGAUACUGAAGGGCAAAGAGACCUGCUGGUGCGGUUGUCAGGGAGGAAAUGACAUGUGCGGUGCUGAUGAUUUAAAUUCCUCUAUUUCAAAUUUUUACAUAUAUGGGUUCGCAUUUAAAUACCUAAAUAUUCAUAUUUUUAAGAGGUGUUUUUCAUGUUAUUUUAAUAUUAACAAAUGGCAGUCUUAAUAAAAAAAGGUAAUUUUUAAAAUUGCUACUUAUACUUUUUAACGGUUUUUAAUUCAACUUGGUAAAUCUUUUUCAAGUGUAGUGGUGUGUAUGGCUUUCGGAGGUGGGGAACGACCUGAUUUUUUAACGUUUAUUUGUAAAUGUUAUUGGAGUUCAUUGGAUUUUUGCAAAGAUGUUUGAGGUAUUUUAUGAAACAUGGCAAUAGCGCAGGAAGCACAAUGAUCUUCCAGGUCAAAAACUGAACCAGUCAGAAAUAUUUUGUCUUGCAACGUAGACAUGCUGAAGGUAAUAUCAAGAGAAAAAAAAUACUCAUAAUAUGAUGUAAGUUGCAUGCAAUAUUAAAUUUUUUUAAAGUUUUUCUGAUAAUGUAAGCUAUUUUUAAAGUUUUUCUGAUAAUGAAAGCUAUUUUUAAAAUUUUUCUGAUAAUGAAAGCUAUUUUUAAAGUUUUAACAUAGGUAACGUUUUGUGGGUCAUUUAAUAUUUUUGUAAACACCUGCAAAUAUUUUUAUCUCAUAAUUUAAGAUGAAACUAAGAAUAAAAUAUAUUUAUGCUAUUCAAAAAUUCUUCAACUUAAAAUCAAAGAAAUCUCUUAAUUAAUAAUACAUGAAUAAUUUACUAGGCAUUUACUUGAACAAUUAUAACUUCAAGAUAGCUCAGUAGCUGCAGCUAUUGAUAAAGAUAAUAUUAUGUACAUCUUUAAAAAUAUUAGAUUAAAUUCAGGAAAUUUGUAGGAAAAUAAAAUUAGUGCUAUUUAAUAAUAUUUAAAAGCCAGUUUGUAUUUUCAUUAUACAAAAUUGUUUAAUUUUUACAUCAUUAACAUAAUACAAUAACUAAAAUUGUUGUCAGUAACUUGAAUAGAAUCUUGUGUUCUUGUGUUUCUUAUUCUGAGGUAGAACCUUAUGUUCCUGUGUUGCAAGCAGUUCAGUAGGCUAUUGUUUUAUGAAACAAAAUGAACACAUUGUUUUACAAUCCAGUGCAAAAUUUACAAUCAAAUGCACUAUAACAAAAUUAUUGGUAAUGGAACAUGGUUAUUUAUAAAAAAAUUAUUUUUGUCUAUUUUAAAAAACAUUUUAAUUUCUCUGUUAUUGAAAUCAAAUUCUGUAAAAUUGUCUCUGUGAUACAGAAAGCUUUACCUGUUAAAUUUGGAGACAUUUUGGGUACACUUCAUGAGGCAAAUCAUCUUGUGAUUAAAUAUUUGAGAUUUAUCAAUGUACAUAUGUGAGCUUACUAUUCAACAAAUUUUAUUUUCUCCAUGACACUUAAUUUUUUUUUAAAUUUGUCCACUCUACUUUAGAGCCAUAAAUUAAAUUUCAAAAGUAAACAUUGCAACAUUAGCAGUUUGAAAUAAAGACAUUGAUUUGAAGAUUAUUUCAAUCCCAUCAACAGUUUGUUGAUACUUUUCUAAUGAAAAUCUGUUUAAUAUCAUUAAUUUAUUCUCAUUUUGCUUUCAUCUAAAUACGCCAUGAGGUAUUAAAAAAUUAAAAAACUUCAUUACUGCCUUGCACAUAAAAGAAAUAUCUCCAGUAGACGUUUACAAACUAUUUCAAUAUAGUAUAGAACUGUAGUUUUUUGUGGUGUUUUUGUAAAAUAAGUUUCAUAAGAGUUUGUUAUAUGGUAAAUAAUGAAAUAAUAUUUUUUUUAUUUGCUUUAAAACAAAUAUAUUUAUGAAUAUUUUUGAUCUGUUAAGGUUUCAUCACUUGGAUGUUAAACUCAACACUUUCUGUUUAUCUAAAUUUUUCUUCUUAAACUUAAAAUAUAUAUUGUUAUUGAGGGCCUUUCUGAUACUAUUCUUAAUUUGGGAUUCAGUGGGUUUGUUUUUAUUGUAGUAUCCAAACCUAUUCUUUCCUUUUAUAACUAUAAUUGUGAAAAAUAUAUUUUUGAACAAAUUGUGUAUACAACUUACUGAACUUAAGAACACUUAAUUCAUAGUUCUGUGGUUCCAACUCUGUGCCCACAAAGAACCAAUUUAAUUUGACUUGACUUAAGUGUAGACGGGAUGAAGUCAUCUGUCUCCUGGCAAGCUUGGUUAAUAGUUCCUGUAUUUAAGUGUGCAGCUGGUCUCAAUAUACUAAAUGUUAUCUAUCUAUUAAAAUAUAUGUAUAAUAAAAGUUAGAAUAAAAUAUCAAGAUAAGUCUACUUUACUUUAUUAUUGAGAACUUGCUAUUGUCCUCUCUGUAAUAUGAGUCAAUUGUAAAUGUUUAAUUUCAGUAAUUCAUCAUGUUCUUGAAGUUGUGUUUUUUCUUAGAGCGUUAAAGUGCAUAUAAUUUCAUUUGAUAUUUUAAAGUAAGCUUUUUUCAUAACCUAUUCCAUCAUGUAUUCUAAUUUUUUUGUACAGGGGGUCCCAUCCAUCCAGUAUUAUUUUAGUUAUAGUCUAAUCAACAGGAAUUUUAAAAAAUGGAACAAUCAUUAUUUUAUCAGAACACUUGAAACGCCUUAUCAUUUUUCAUAUACCUUAAGCCUGGAUACGAUUUUACAAAACAUUAUUUCAGUCCUUUGUACUUAGUGAUUUCCUAACACUUGCAAUUUUUGCUUUUGCAUGAUGUAUAUUCACUGUAUAGGGUUUCCUCUAUAAGCUUGUGCAAUUUUUGUUACACUAUAAAUGUACAUAAUUAAGUUAUGUGUCCUUCCUGGUUUUUAGCUGGGAAAUGUAAAUUGCUUUACUCUAUAAUUUAUAUUCUUGUAUUUACAUUUUUUAAAUUAUUUUUUUUCAUUAAACUUUUAAUGCUUGAGUUGUUGGUGUGUACUGGAAAAUUAAAUUUUUUUAAAAGUCACUCUUGGGACCUAGUUUCUGGAGGAUGAGAACAAAAUCUUAGAAUUUUAUGAGCUGUGGUGUACAUGAUUCUAGUUGUAUACAAGAUAAUUAAUAUUAUUUAGCACAUCAAGAAAAUAGUUCAGACAUCAAACUGAACGUAAUCUAUCAGAGAUAUUAAUAGGUGCUUCAAAACACUUUAAAGGCUCAACUAUUUCCUGUGAAUCAUCCAAUGCCUGGUUAAAUCCACUGUGCUGUUUAAUUAAUUAUCAUUCAGAUAAAACACAAAAGUUAUAGUUGGACUUAUUUUACCCUUCUUUAAAUUUGGAAAAUUAUGCCCAUUAAUUACCAUUGCUACGGUACCUCAAUAAGGUUUAACUGUGUCAAAAUAUUUUUUUUUAUGUUUUCCUCAACUUUAGUUUAUUUACUUGUGAAAAUUAUUUUUUUAAAUCUUUAUUAUAUAGAAUACUAAAAAAUCUAACUUCAGUAAGCUGGUCUUAAGAUUACAUUUUUUAUGCUAUUAAAAGUAUUUUUUGUGUGUUAAGUUUAUAAUAUUUUUUUUUCUUUAAAAUAUCUAAAUUUGUAAACAGUUUGACCUUACCGGAAGGUGGUCCCAAGUUUAGUGAUCUAAAACAGGUCCCAAGUGAAAUAAAUUUAUGUUUAUGCAAGAUGAGAACCUCUAUGAGAAAUCUAUUUGCCUUAUUAUUGCUCCUUACCUUUUUGUAUUCUUCAUUUUACAUAAAUUUGUAUAAUCCUCAUGUUCACCCUUUUUUAUUAAAUUAUGGUCCUUUUAACAAAAAUAUAAAAUUACCUUGUGUUUUAUGUUUCCUUAUGAAAUCAUCAACAAAGUUUUCAAAGAUAGUUUUCUGAAAUUUUGUCACCAAAUGCCAAAACUGAUUAAGUUUUUUUUAAAGUAGAGAAUAAGUUAUAAUUAAAGACAUCAGAUACAUGACUGAUUUAGAUUUGAUGACUGUUGAAUUUUUGGCUGAUUUCCAAUAAAGAUGAAGACUCUUGACUUUCAUAUGUUAGAUUAAUUUGUUUGUAUGAUUAAUUAAAAUUCUAAAUUUUUAAUUUAUCUUCCUACUUUUAUCUUCCUAAAAAUGAUUGAUUAUUCCUGGAAUGUUUUAUAAAAAAAUUCAUAUAUAUGAUUGUAAAUCAAUGCUGAUUGUUGGGUUGGCUUAGCUCUGUAUUGACAGAAUGUUCUUGUAAAUACAGUUGUAACCUCAAGAAAAUUGUCUACUGCCUUUUGGCAAUUUUUGUGACUGGAACUCAUUAGUAAAUGGUUUAUCAGUCCAAAAAAGACUCAAAAUAAUAUCAGAGAAAAUAAAAUUUUAAUUGCAUUAGAGCUGCUAUCAUUAUAGUGAAUACAGUUUUAAUUGCAUUAGAGCUGCUAUCAUUAUAGUGAAUACAGUUUUAAUUGCAUUAGAGCUGCUAUCAUUAUAGUGAAUACAGUUUUCAUUGCAUUAGAGCUGCUAUCAUUAUAGUGAAUACAGUUUUAAUUGCAUUAGAGCUGCUAUCAUUAUAGUGAAUACAGUUUUAAUUGCAUUAGAGCUGCUAUCAUUAUAGUGAAUACAGUUUUCAUUGCAUUAGAGCUGCUAUCAUUAUAGUGAAUACAGUUUUCAUUGCAUUAGAGCUGCUAUCAUUAUAGUGAAUACAGUUUUAAUUGCAUUAGAGCUGCUAUCAUUAUAGUGAAUACAGUUUUAUAGAAAAAUACCAGAAUUUGAAUUUUAAAAAAACUAUUUAAAAAAUUUUUUGUUGAAGUUCCUAAUCCUGUUUGAACCCUUAACUAACUGAAUGGUUUACAGUGAAUGAAAGAAAUAUGAAAACACUGAUGUUCUUGAGCCUGAGAUAAACACUGAUGCUCUUGAGCCUAAAAUAAUUACUGAUGUUCUUGAGCCUAAGAUAAACAUUGAUGUUCUUGAGCCUAAGAUAAACACUUAUGUUCUUGAGCCUAAGAUAAACUCUGAUGUUCUUGAGCCUAAGAUACUUCUCUUCAAUUGAUAAAUGUAUUUUUUGUUGUGCCAGCUGUAUGACUUCAUCCAAAUCUUCUUGACCAUCCAUGAUUUUAACUCAGCACUUUUCAAGCUACCGCUCAUUUGUCUUUUAAGUUGGAAUAAUAAUUUUAAAGAAAAAAAACAAUUAAUUGGGAGGCAUCACUAGAAACUUUGCACUCCCAUGCAACUAUGUUCAUCUAAUGAUAAUAUAUGGGCAGGCCCUGAUUGUAUUUGUAGAUGGAAAUGUAUCCAUAUUGGAAAACAGAAAUAGUUCUAUUUUAUUGAUGUAUAUUGUGGAAAAAUAUAUAGAAUAGAAUGUAGUUGUAGUUAUUCAUUCCUGAAAUAUUUGUAAAUGUUACAAAGCUAAACAUUGAAAAUUUUUUUUUUUUUUUUUUUAAAAAAAAAAAAAAAAAAAAAAAAAUUAAAAUUUUUUUUUUUUUUUUUUUAAAAGAAAAAAAAAAAAAGAGAAAGAAUUUGAUAUUAGUUUAAUGUUCUGAUUCUAGUCAUUUUAUUUAUCUUUCUCAUAUUCAAGAACUUGUAUGCUUGUUGCCAACUAAAUUUAAAUUUUUACAUUUUUAUAUACAAAUCAAAACUUAUUUUUUUACUGGAAAUUAAUGUUUAGAUUGUUUUCUUUUUUUUUUAAGAAGAGUCAUUAUUUAGUUAACUUAACAUGAAAAAGAUGAAAUAUUGGAUCUAUAUUUGAGGUAUAAACAUUUCUAAUUUUUCUCAACCUUAUGCAACUUUUCAUACAACAAUACAGGAUAUCUUUGUGUCAUAGUGCUAAAUAAAAGCUGUGUCCUCAUCUG